CCGAGGCGGGGGAAGCCUCUCCCGGGGCUUUGCGCCCUUAGCAAGAUGCUCCUGCUCGGCGCUCAGGAGCCGCCUCAGAAGGACCCUCUCAGCUCCGGAUAGCGAGCGGCGUCGGCCGUGCCCAAGCAACCGGGAGCAGGAGAGGCGGGUGCCGCCGGGCUUGUUUCCCUGCCUCCUUCCACCCGCUUCGGGGCGGCGACUGACUGAGGCUGGGCUCCGCUACCCUAGCAGCCGGUGCAGCGCCGAAACCCGGCUGGGUGGCGGCUCGCCUGAGGCGCACGGAUGUCGGUGUCCAGGUGCGGCGGUGGCGGCGGCAGUGGCGCUCGACCCGCGCGCUCUGUGCAAGGCCGGGACUGGAGAGGUAAGAGCGCAGCGCGCGCUCGUGUGGCGCGUGUCUGCCUGCGAGUGCGGGGGGGGGGACACGGCGCGCGUGGAAAGUACAAGCGCCCUGGGGAGCGGGGCAAGGCGGCUUUCACGUACGCGGCCGCCGCAGCUGAGGGCGCAGGGGCUGCUGGAAUCCCGCCUCUUCCAGCCUGCCUGGGAGCGUGUGGAUUGUCCUCCUGGCCCGGGGCUAUUUUUAUGACUUGCUGCAAGCGAGGAGAGGGGCUUGUUUGCAGCCUGCCUUGCUUGGCCUCGCCCAAAGGAAGCUGGAAGGACCGGGGGGGUCGCGGGGGGCUCAACAUAUCGCUCGUCUUCCCGCCGGGGCGAGCUGCGACUCUGCGACCUGGCUGCUUGAAGGACGGCUGCCUUGUGCUGGGGGAACUUGGCCUCCCACCCCCGCCCCACAAGAGCGCUCCUUUGGGGAAGGUGGCGCGGCACCCCGCUUUCCAGAGCGGACUCCCUCGCCAUAGAUAUUCCUCCCGUGGCAAUGACAACCCGGAGGCUUCCUAGUGCUCCAUCCCGGGGCGCCAGUCCCAUGUUAUGAAGCGUGUGGAGCGUGGCGUCCUCCGCCCCUCCUCCCCCUGCUGCUCUUAUUUCUGUUGGCCCCCCGCCCCUCCUUGUGUUUACCAUGCGCUGCCCGGGGCGGGCUGGGCUGGGCUAGGCUAGGCUAGGCUGCUGCUGCUGCUGCUGCUGUUUCUGUUGCCGACAGGAACUGCUCCUGACCUCCAAAUCCACUCUCAUCUUUUCCUUCCCUCCAAACACACUACCAUUCAGGAAGUGGUUAAUUUAUUGAAAACAUUGGAUGGACUGUAAGCUAGAUCUUCUCAACUAGAUCAUGGUAUCGUUAUGGAGGCUUAGUGGCAAGGGAGUGGCACUCCACACGCGCUCAGAGGCAAAGACACAACAUCUCUUUGUUGUGCUUUGAACACUUUUAAAGUAGAAAAGCAGCUAAUGAGCACUACAUGGCUAUAGUUCCUAUUUUAAACUCUGCAGACAUGUUUCAUGGCUUCAGAGAGAUGGCUGCAAAAAUUGGAAGGAGGUCAGGCCUCUGCUGCUUUAGGGAUGCUGGGCUUUGCAUCCUUUUGAGCUUAUGGUGGCUGUCUGAAAAAGCUAACUAAAUGUCUCUCAACCAUUAGUUAUCUUUUUUGACUGCAUUGUUUUGGGCUGUCAAUUUGGUGAGGUAGACAUCUCUCUCUCACCUUUCCAUUUUCUGUUCAGUUCUCUGCUAGCAGUGCUAGUAUUGGGUGUGAUUGAUACAAAUAUUGUAUAUAACAGUGACUAGUUCCUGUCAGGCGCUUCAAGGGAGUAAACAGCCCUGAGGACUGUGAAACAAUGAUGUUGUGCUUGUCCAGCAAACUAAGGAAAUACAGUUAUAAGCAAGAUUUGUUAUUAGUUGCCAUGAUCCCUUUUGGUAGAGAUGAGUUUGCAUGCAUUUUUGUGUCAUGGGUUGAAUGUGCCUCCAGUACCAACUCUAAAUGCAGGUCCCUCAGCCUGAGUUAGUUCCCUGCCUGGUAGCAGCAUGGCUCAUUGAUGGACCAAGAAUAGAGUCAGUGCAUUUCCGGUGUAGAAAUAAAAGGCUAAGAAAGGAAGUUGGGAGUUGGGAGAUGCUUCCAUGUAAACGUUUCCUAAUACGCUGAACUCUGGUCACUCCUGUGUGGAAAGGGAUGUAAUUACAGCACUUAAGUUGUAACGUUUCCCAAUGCUAUAUGCAUGUGAAUUGCUUUGCAUUGUUCUAGAAAGCAAUGAUUGGUUGUAGCUUCUCAGUGUGUAUGCACACAAUGAAUUAUCAACAUGUGCACAGAAUUAGUAUAUUAUUUAAGUUAUGCAUGAGUUGCACACUGUUAUCUGCACACGUGGCUUCGAUGUAGGAAAUCAACAAUAAUGUGAAAUGGUCCUUCUGUGCAAAUAGAUUCAUUCUGAUCUAUUCCCCUGUUAUAUUUUUUGAAACAUCUGUGAAUUUCAGGAGCAUUCUCAUUAAUAAUAGAACUAAGAUUUGGGACAAAUGGACAAAUUGACACACCAGUGUGAAAUAAUUUUGUUCAACUGUAUAGAGAAGAGUGAUCUAUGGCAAUUGCCUCUUAGUUUCUGGUUCACUGUUCACUGUUUAGUAUUUACAAUGGACAGCUUACACAGUGGAUCCCUGAGUUCCAUAGGUUGGUUUACACCACAAUCCUAUCCUAUGCUGUGUGCUCAGAAAAAGAGAUUAACAGCACAAUUCGGUGAACCCCUACUCCGAAGUUUCAAAGUCCAAUUUUGGUCAAUGGGUCUUCCUCUCGGGUUACUGUGUAUAGGACUGCAGGUGUGUACACACUUACUUGGGUGUAGGUCCCACUUUGAAUAGAAGUGCAUAGCAUUGUGCUAUCAAUCUCCUUCCCUUCUCCUAUACCUGUCAACAUACAGAGAAUUCUCCCAGUGUACAAUUCAGAGUCAAAACAAAGUAGACGUCACAUAUGAUGUUAUUUACUAGGUUCUUUCUUGGUCAGAAUAUAGGGUUCUGUCCUGUGGAGUACAGAACAAUAUUAUUAUUACUUGAAAGCGCAAAUCAAGAUUAAGUUAGGGCCAUAGAUUGCAGCGAGAGAAGGUAAUUAGUUUAAAAUACGUUUUUAGGUCUUUCAGUUCCUAUGUAAUUAUUGAGAAAGAGUGCAGCCUUUGAUUGAGUUGGAAGACAGAGUGCAUCAGAAGGUCAUCCUCUCUAGUUCAAGGCUUAAGAUAGAGGAAAGAGUGGGCUGUGGCCGGAGCAGUGUUAGAAACUCAGAUAUAUAAACAGAUCGCCAAGUGGCACCUUAAACCUAGGCUAUGGUUGCCACAACAGAAUGUCUAGGCACCAUUUCCCCCCUCCCCCUGGAGAUGAAGUUUGUUAUUAUUAUUCAUUUCAUUUCUAUGCUGCUUUAUAUUUUAAAGAAAAACUCUUUACAAUACAUUAAAACGUCAAAUAAAAGAAUCCAGAAUAAAACAAAUUCAAGUGUCAAGGAAAAUAUUUCAGCUCCUUCUGUAAGUGACAGUUUGCUUUCCCCAUAUUUAUUUACCUGCUUUGUUUAUGUAGCUGCCCCAUAGCAGAAGUACUCUAGGAAGCUGGUGUGGUAUAGUGGUUAGAGCAGGGGUCGCCAAGGUUUACCUCGUCUGGGCCGGUUCACUCCCACAGAGAUCACUCUGUGGGCCAGAUCGCAUCUGCGCAGACGCGAUUUCCGGUGCCAUGGAAGUGAGUCCCUGCUCCGCGCUGUGCCGGUUUAGUGCAGUGUGCGGGGGCACGCCAAGCAGGUGGCUCAGUUCGUGGGUGGCUCGUCGGCCGUUCAAAUGACCCCCGUAUGGGCUGCAGGUUGCUGACCCCUUGGUUAGAGUGUUCGACUAGGACCUGGGAGAUCAGGGUUCAAAAAUCCCCACUCAGUCAUGAAGCCCACUGGGUGAACUUGGGCCAGUCAUAGCCUCUUUACCUAUCUCACAGGGUCAUUGUAGGGAUUAACUGAGGAGGGGGUGAACCAUGUACACCUUGGAGAAAAAGGUGGGACAUAAAUGCAAUAAAAAAGCUCUUCUGCUAACCUACUUAAGGAAACUGAAGGGGCCAUAGUGAUAGCCACAGUUAUGAGAGAUCUCUCGCCCCAGCCCACUGUUUAUUGCUAUUUUGGAAGGCAGUCUACACCUGCUUAAUGAUGAGGCUUGUUUCCUGUGGACAACUCUGUUUUGGCUGUAUAGUUUUUCAGUUACUUCAGAAGCAGGAAUUAUUUAUGGAUCUAUUCGGUUUUGAAUUAUGUAGUGCCUUCAGUAAUGGCGGCGCUUCCCCCUGGCCAGAAUUCCUAACCAAGGCUUGUAGCUGGAUAAGAAUAUUUCGUCUUAAUCGUCAUAUUUAGUCUUAAACAGUGGUUCUAAUGCAUCCUUUAGGUUUGGUUAAGUGGGGGAUCCAUUGCAGAGAAAGAUUGGGCUGUGUGUGUGUGAUAUCAUAAUUUCAUGGCCUGUUCCUGAUCUCAUAAGCACAAUUAAGGCCUUUUUUUUUUUUUACAACUGCGCUGGCUGUUAGUGUACCUGUUAAAAAUGGUCUAAAGCAGGGUGGUGCAACUUUUCAUUCCAAGUGGGCUGCAAUAGUACUUGUUGAGGACCAUGUCAUAUCCUGUCAAUAGUCCAUGCUGUUGGUAGGCAAAGGAGGGGGGCUGUGGUGGUGGAGACCCACUCACCAGCAGAAUCUAGUGGAAAUAAGCCUCCACUACUCCUAACUCUACCAUCACCUGCACAGAUAAGGGGUUAAGAUUGCCCUCAUGCCUCCUUCCCAAAGCCCAGCACCUCGCUUACUCAGCUUUGGGAAGGCAGGGUGAGGACGGGGGUUGUCAAAUGUUGCUGACAGCCACCAAAACACCUAGGGCCUUGUGUUGGACCACCCUGGUCUAAGGUAUAAACUAAUUUUUUAAUCAUGCCUGGGGGCGGGAGAAGAGUAGGGGCAACAGAGGGGCAACACCCUGCCCUGAAUGAACACAGACUAGAGCUUUCCUGAAUGGAUAAUUUCAACCAGUUUGGCACCAAGAGGACAUGGACUCUCAUGUUGUAAUGCCUGCCGGCUGAUGAAACAAUGGAAGAGUAAAUAGCACGAGACAAGAUCGGCAGGUGACCAACCAAGACAUGUGUGUUAACCACACUCUGCAUCUCUAUUCAGAUUUAAUCAAAACUGAGAUUAAAUAACUCCUGUUAUUUAAUGUUAUUUAUCUCCCAGCAUCAUAUCCCCCCCCCCCGCAUCCCUUCUCCAACUGAAUGCACUUAAGAGCCUAUCUGCAACCAGGAGGAAUCCUGAUUGCUAAGUGAGUAAAAGUCAGAGGUGGAGUUGGCAGAGGUACGAAUCUAAGCUAAGCUAGUGUUAUGCCUAUUAUGUGUCAUCUGGAAAGACUGUAAGCAGCAUUCAUGCCCAUGAUGUGUAAAAUAAUUCUCAUUCCAUCUAGUUAACCAUCCUUUCCCCCUUCAACUUUAUAACUGCAUCAGGUGCCUCCUUCUCCAUUUAAAAUUGCCAGAAGAAUGGAGAAUGAAGUACUUAUUCAUCCAGCGACGUAGCGUGAGUUGUCAGCACCCGGGGCAAGGCAAGUAAUUUGCGCCCCCUAACCUGCCGCCGCUGCCAGCUUCUUCUUGCUGCUGCCUGGUCUGGUCUGGUGUGGUUCUCUCUCGCGCUCAGCGCUGCGCUGGGUGGCCGCUGCACUGUCCCUCCCCCAGAUAGUCCCUCGCUCUCUCUCCGCACCGCACGCCUGGCACCCACCCCCUCCACAGUGGGCGGCGACCCAGCGGCUCGGAUCGGAUUCGCACAGCCAGCACUGCAGUGAGAGAGAGUGAGUGAGCCAGGUAGGGGCAGAGAGCUGCAAGUGCGAGCGCGCCCCCCCCAGAUGUUGUGCCCGGUGCGGCCGGCCCCCCCUGCACCCCCCACGCUACACCACUGUAUUCAUCAUACUGCGCAGUUUCAUAAACUGAGAAAAAUAGUCUUUCAAAGUGAACAUAUGUUAACAGUGCACUAAACUUUCUUCUUUUUAAAGAAUUCUAAUUCUCUUUUUCAGAGUCUAAUCCCAGCAAUUUCUCCCUCUGAACUGAACUAGCACUUUGCUGUAAAAGGUAAAGGGACCCCUGACCAUUAGGUCCAGUCGUGACCGACUCUGGGGUUGCGGUGCUCAUAUCACUUUAUUGGCCGAGGGAGCCAGCGUACAGCUUCCGGGUCAUGUGGCCAGCAUGACUAAGCUGCUUUUGGCGAACCAGAGCAGCGCACGGAAAUGCCGUUUACCUUCCCGCUGGAACGGUACCUAUUUAUCUACUUGCACUUUGAUGUGCUUUCGAACUGCUAGGUUGGCAGGAGCUGGGACCGAGCAACGGGAGCUCACCCCGUCGCAGGGAUUCGAACUGCUGACCUUCCAAUCGGCAAGUCCUAGGCUCUGUGGUUUAACCCACAGCGUGAGCUUAUACCCUAUAAACCUUGGCUUGUCUACUUCUGUUUAUUGAAAGAUAUAAGGGACAGCACCAAUAUAAUGAUGUUUUGUCAUUAAACUUAACAAAGUUUUGCUGCACACAACAUAACAAAUGUUUAUGGAGCUUGUUUAACAACCUUUGCUUUAACUACAGUUACUUUUCUGUUUCAUGUGAAAUACCAUCAACUCAUAUAAUAGUGAAUUGAUUGUUAUCUCCCUGUGUUAAAGGAGAACCACGAGAACUAUGAGAUUCAUAGAUUAUGUAGUGUUGGCAGUAACGGGACAUAAUUCUAUUUAUUUAUUUAUUUAAAGGAUUUAUGUACUGUCCUUCAAUGAAGCUUCCAGCAUGUUUUACAAAGUCAAAGUAAAAUGCACAAACUACUAAAACCUCUGUAGUUUGUCCUUCCUUUUGCCCUAGCAACCAGGAUGCAUCUUUCCUGUGGGGGGUUCUUCUGAAAUUAGGUACCCUCUAGAACAGUGUUUCCCAAUUAGCUAAGUACUGCAGACCCCUUUUUUUUUGAAAGCCAAGCCAUGGACCCCCUAGUUUUGAAAAUGUUGAUAUCUCUAUAGUAGUUUUUGUUAUGUGAAUGGUGCCACCAUACCUUCUAACAUAUCCUAGUGCAAAACCGGGACAUGUGCCUUCCAGGCUACACACUUGCAUGCGUUAUGUGAGAGGAUGCCCUCCCAAAGGAAUGUCAUGGACAGUUGACAGAUAUGUGCCAUGCAUCCCCUGGGUAGAUUACACAGACUCCCAUGGGUCUGUGGACCACCAGUUGGGAACCACUGCCCUAGAAGACAUUUUCUGCAAAUGCUGUUGCACAAAAAGUGUGGCGAAUGUUAAAGAAUCCCCUUCCCAAAUGGUAAAUGAAAAAUAUGAAAACUUUGCAAAGAGGCUUAGGUAUGCCUCCUGCUGUGCAGAGGAUGUAAGUGUUAAGAAUUCACUGUAUAGUUAACCUACAGUACGAUGGAAUGCAUGUCUAUUCAGUAGUAUCCCUCUUGGUAUUAAUGGCACUUAUUCCCACGUAAGCAGAUACAGGUUGGCAGCCUAAGCUUUGGAUUAGGGUUGGCAUUGUGGAAAACAGGUUUGUUGUGCCUUUAACAGCUGUAUCUCCACCAUCAGAACAAGCAGGACAUAGUUGACUUCUCAUGAUAAACAUGAGGCUGUCCAAGACGUGAGUGGGUUGGUGGGUGGUAGCAAUAGCUGUACUCGCUCUAAUUUUGUUUUAUGCCAUGCCCCUUAUGGCAGUCAUUUUGUGUUUGGUGCCCACAGAACUCUCUCACAUUUUGAAAUGUGCUCAAUAGUCCAGAAUAUUUGGUGAACUCUGCAUUAGUGUAUAGAACCAUUAAUAAAACAUCUCUCUAGUUAUUUUAAUAUGGCUAACAUGACUUCAACAGGAGUGAAAAUAAUUCUAAAAAUCAUUUUCUCUGGUAUUAAGUUAAAAAUAGUUUGGCAGUUGCUUCACUGUUAAUGUGAAAACCCAUGCUCUAAGGGGAAAAAGUGGUCAUGACCUUUUUCAGUUCCAUGGCUGGAGUUCCUUGGAAAGGAAUAUCACAUUAGCAUGGCAAUGUGUCAUAACAAAAAAAGAUCAGUCUUGUCUUCUGAAUUAAAUAUUUCUCUUUUCUCUUGACAUUGUUUUUUUUGUUUGAAUAAUUUUAUUGAUUUUUUAAAGAGUUUUAUUUUUUUAACAAAGAUUUAAACAUCCAGUUCAAGAAUACAUUCAGUAAAAAAGAAGAAAAACACACAUAAUUAUUUUGCAGUUGUUUUCACUAUAUAUCCAUGACCCAUUCUCCAACAUCAACCUAGGCUGAUGAAUGUUUAGCAUAUUUUAUAAGAAAGAAGUGUCAUUGUGACACCUGCCUUGUGUGCUUGUUUUCACUAAAAACAAAAACUGAGAACUCUAAUGUAUCAUUGCUUUUGAUGGGACAUAUUUCCCCCCUGUGAUCAGUGGGACUUACGCUGCAGGCGUGUACAAGCCUUGGACUAAGCUGCACUGAAAUUGGUGACACUUUUUCUUGAGUAGCUAUGUAUAGGUUUCUACUGUUGGGCCUAAUUCUCACCUAGGGGGUAAAUUUGUGCCUAGACUCUACCACUUGAAAGAAAGCCCAAGAGAGGGAAUGCUAUUAACUCUGAGAAGGAACGGCAGAAUUCACCCAUGUAUCAGGCACUUCUGAUCUCUUAACUAGCUUUUAUCUUGCUUAUUUGACAGAUUUAUAGACUUCAUGGCAAAAAGGCAUCAAUGAAGUAUAGAGAGUAAAAACAGAAUAAAACACAAAAAUGCAAACUCUUAAUAACAAUAAAAUCAAUUCAGUAAACUCAAAAAUCAGUGGAAACAUUUCAUGAAAUAUAAAUCUGAUUUUCCAUAAAUGAUGGGGUUAGCACCGCAGAGAAAGCCUUCCUAAACAAAACUGUGUUCAGUAGAGGCAUAGACAUCAUUGUGCUAGGUGUCAGUCUGAUCUCAGCUGGUAAUUGAUUCCAGAGAGUUAGAGCUGCAACACUAAAAGCCUGGUUUCUAGUACAGGCAAAAUACACCUCUUGUGCACCACUUGAAAUGUGGUUCUGUUACAUUUGCACUGGGCUUAACUUGGGAAAGGUCCAGCAUUGUGGAUCAUCAGCAGUGAGGCUCAUAUUCUGCUUCCAUUCUCUAAUACCUAAUUAAAAGUCAUCAGAUUUUACAAGAUGAAUGAGAAUGCUCCAGGAGCUCCAAUAAUGCUUUGUUUCCUGCAAGACAUAACUGUAGGGAAAUAACACUUGAAACAUUCUUUCCCAAAGAAACAACAUUUUUUGUUUGUGGAAAAUAACAAAUACUUAUGUGUCUUUUUGAUCUCUCAGCUACAAACUAGUUAGGUGAGGAAAUGCCAAAAUACAAAAGUGUCUUAACUUGGUAAAAGAACAGAUGGUAUACCUUUGAAGAAGAAUAUGGCACUUCUGUUCACCUGCUUAAACUUCCCGUAAGCCAGUAUAACCUUUCUCUAAAAUACAUUACUGUACCCUUCAGCUGUGAUACUGUAAUAAGAAUGCCGAGUUUGCCCUUUUAAGCUGUAAUAAAAAUGUUCUCCGGUAUUACAGAUAAUUGAAAUGGAAGAAUAUACUGUCUCCUUCCCAAAUAAAUUUUUAUUGGAUAAAACAAAGGAAAUCUGAGGAAUGCUGCUGUUUUGGGUUAAUGUGAUUUUUAAAGGUGAAAAGGAAACUGUGGCUUGAGCUGAACUCCUGACGUGCAUGUUCACAAACUAGUCAAAGGUCUGCCAAAGUGUGAGAGGACAUGUGGUUCCUUGUACAGAAGACUUCUUUUAAAUGUUUGUCUUUUCAAUCCAAAUAGCCGUGCCUUGCCCCAAAGCAAGAGAAGCAUCUCAACAUUAUGCAUUAACCUGAAUAUAGAAGCCCCUGGUUUUAGCAUAUGAUUCUGGAAUUGCCUUUGAAACAGAUACAAGAUUUGGGCUAUAGUCUAAUGCACACUUAGCUAAGUAACAUGAAAAGGAUGGGUUUGUGAAGGUGUUAUUUGCCAUUUUGUUCCUAUCUUAUUUUACAUUUCAUCAGCUAAUACUGCUGUAAAAAGAAGGCACAAUGUAGAAGUAUAAUAAUAAUGUAAAUGGCAGGAAAUGGGACAUUUUUGUAAUCAGAUUUGAAAUGAAUAUGUACUUUUAAGGAGAGGGAUGCCAUGAAAUUGCAUUUUGGUUAUUGCUGACCAGCAGAGUGGGGGGGAAAAACACAUUAAAAAGUAGUCAUUUUUUAAAAGAACCAAUUUUGAUUAAAAAAAAAAAUCAGUUAUGUUAACUGUCACUUAAAAAUAACCUGGACUGAAAGAGGUAUCUGAAUGUAAUAAACAGAGGAAGGCUACCAUUCUGAGCGGCUCAAAGUGCUGCAUAUGGUGCUCUGUCUAUGGGGUAGCAAUGGAUGUAGCUCUUAACUUUGUAUGGUAGCCUACAUUCGAGCCACACAAAAGUCACACCUCUCUCCAUCCCUUCAAGCCAGAGAGGCAUUAUUGCAGGUCAAGGAUGCAUUCCAGCUAGACAAAAACCCCAGAGAAAGGCGCAGAGCAAGACUAGUGUAGCCUGGUGAGGGAGCGUGGCCUAGCGGGUGUCCAGAGGGAUAGUCAGAGAGGUUUAGAGGGAUGCGUUGCAUUCCUCACCCCUAUCAGCCAAAUGGCUCAGAUAUUUAGCUUCCAUGUCAUGAGGAAACAAUGUUAUGCUGAGGGCCUUCCAGCCUUUGCAUCUAGCAAAUAUUUGGCACUUUUUCUUCUAGUGUAUGAUAUUGCUUAGCAUCACAAGACUCAAGUACUGUUGAAAGAACUCUUUAGGACCAGUUAAGACAUGAUGGCUUAACUAUGGUUAGGCCAAUGUGAACAUGCAGAGGGGCCAUGUGUCUUUCUCUUCCGUAGGCACUUACUCACUUCAGGCUUUAUGAUAACCAGAGUAAUCUGUGAUACGCGAGUUGGGCAAACUAUAGUUGCUGCUAACCUUUGUUUGUUUUCAAACCAAAAUUCUCCAUGGCUAAGGUUACUUUAAUGUAUGGUGUGGAUGUCACCUUAGUAGACCUGAUUGAGUGGCUCUGCUUCCCAUCUAUCCCUAAAGGAAUUGGUUGUUAAUUUAAGGAAUACAGUGGUACCUUGGUUUCCAACCAUUUUGGAUUACAACCACGUUAAACCCAGAAGUGGGUGUUCCUUUUUUUUGGAUUACAACCAAUUUUUUUCUGAGGCCCCAUUGGCGAAAGCGCGCCUUGGUUUACAACCUGUUUUGGUUUACAACCGGACCUCUGGAAUGGAUUAUAGUUGUAAACCAAGGUACCACUGUAUAUCUAAUGCUAUGAGUCCAGUCACAGAGGGUAUUGUAAAUGGAAGAGAGAGGUAGGUGAUUUUUACAAAUUCAGCUUUCUUGCUACAGUCCCCUGUGUGUGUGUGUGUGUGUGUGCACGCGCGCGCGCACACACACACACACACACACACUCUCUCGGCAUCACAGAGUUGGGGGAACAUCUAGAACAGUGUGAGAGGUGGUGCAAAAACUGGAUCCAAGAGCCUUCCAUUGAUGUAAGAACAGCAUCUGGUACAAUCCAUUUUUAUUGACCCUCACCCAGGUACUACUUAGCAUGCAUGCUUGUUCAGGAAUGGAUGAAUGAAAAAACUUGAUACAGUACUGAUAAUCAGUUCUCUUUGCAUGAAAAAACCACCGCAACACUGCAUGUGGUUUCCUCUUUUAAAAAGACCUCUAGUGAAUCCUAGAAGUUUCCUGCAAGGGUGAACCUGAAAAAUGUGUGUAGAUAGGUUUAGCAUGGCUUUUGUGUAUAUAUCAUGUUGAGAAUAUUAAUUAUUGUGAAAUUUUCUCAAAGGAAUUCAAAAAUUUGGAGAUUGCAAAUUGCCAUUGCAUAAUACAAUCCAUAUACAUAUUUGGGCUGAGGCUCUCAUAUUUUUGGGUAUAGCAAAAUUAUGUUUGGACAUUGUUACAAGUAACAGCGUAAGUGGAAACAAACAUCACUAAAACCUUAAAACUGUUUAGAAUUUACAGUACCGUAACUAAUAUUUAUAGGAAGUUGCCAAUCUUCAAAGGAAAGUGCUUGUGUCUGUCGGUGAUGUGUAUCAGACCGUCUCAGAAUUAGGGUUGAAUCAGCUCAGUAAUUAGGCACUCCCAUGUUGCCAAGUUGUAGAAAAAUAGGAGAUAAAAACUUAAGCAGGACAGCCUGCAGUUAUCUGUAUGGGUGAGUGAGCUGCAACAAAUUUAUUUGUUUAUGAAGGAGUGACUGAGCUAUUCAUUCACAAAUAUGGUGUGACUUUAGACUUGACAGCUCAAAGCAGACAUUUAUAGAACAGUCCAUAGAAAUGCAAAAGAUCAUAUGGUCAGAUCCAGACAUGUAGAGAAGGUACAUGUCUGCUGUGUAUUUAAUGGAGGUGAAAUGAUAUAAUUAACCAGUAGGAUUUAUGUACCACUUAAUCCUCACAACUUCUAUGUGGUUUACAUUAAAAUGACCAAUAAAAUCAUAUGAGUAGUAGCCUAACUACUUAAGAAUGGCACUGUGGUCUAAACCACUGAGCCUCUUGGGCUUGUCGAUCAGAAGGUCGGUGGUUCGAAUCCCUGUGAUGGGGUGAGCUCCCAUUGGUCUGUCCCAGCUCCUGCCAACCUAGCAGUUCGAAAGCACGCCAAAAAGUGCAAGUAGAUAAACAGGUACCGCUCCGGCAUGAAGGUAAAUGGCAUUUCCAUGUGCUGCCCUGGUUUUGGUGUUCCGUUGCGCCAGAAGCGGCUUAGUCAUGCUGGCUACAUGAACUGGAAAAACUGUCUGCGGACAAACGCCGGCUCCCUUGGCCUGUAAAGCAAGAUGAGAGCUGCAACCCCAGAGUUGUCUGUGACUGGACUUAACUGUCAGGGGUCCUUUACCUUUUACCUUUGGUAGCCUAACAUUUUUCAAAAUAAAAUCAGCUAUUUUAAAAAUACAGUAUAACAUUAUACAGUGGUACCUCAGGUUACAUACGCUUCAGGUUACAGACUCCGCUAACCCAGAAAUAGUGCUUCAGGUUAAGAACUUUGCUUCAGGAUGAGAACAGAAAUCGUGCUCCGGUGGCGCGGCAGCAGCAGGAGGCCCCAUUAGCUAAAGUGGUGCUUCAGGUUAAGAACAGUUUCAGGUUAAGUACGGACCUCCGGAACGAAUUAAGUACUUAACCCGAUAUACCACUGUAAAGUAAAAUCACACAUUAAAAUACAUGCCAGAUUUACAUGCCUGGAUCAGUUUGCUGAAUUGUAUAUCUUAUUGCUGUUUGUUGUAAAGCUAACGGCACAGAAGACUCGGAGUAGCCACUGCAAGCAUUUAAAGAAGUAAGUUGUGAAGUUCAUGUGGUUCUAUCCAAUAGGUGUCCCACUGAUGAUGGGAUGCUCUUUGAUCCAGGGGAACAUUGCAUCAGUGGAACAGGGAUUGAGGGAAUAUGUGACAAUACCUUUCCCCCCUGCAGCCCACCAUGUUGCCCCCAAAUCUGGAGUUUUGGGGUGGAACAGAACAGGAGAUGAUGCAGGGAACUGCAAGGGGGAGGGGCAGCUGCCAAAGAUGGAUUCAAUCCCUGUUCUGUUGAAAGAAGGCUCUGGUGGGUUUAAAAGCCUUCCAUUAGUGUAGGGGCACCAAUUGGAUACCAUCCAUAAUAUGUAUUACAAAGCUGAGAAGCUUGGUGGAUAUAUAUAUAAAAUUCUUCAAGCCUCUAGAUACAUUUAGUAUUGGUACAGAUUCAGUUUAGGCUGAUCCCACUGUCUGGUUUAAAAAUAUAAAAAUCUGAAUUGCAAGUCAGAAAAUGACAUUGGCUAGAUUUUUAGCCCACCAGUUCCUGUUGGGUGGAGGUUAAAAUUCUAUUUAUACUAAUUUAAGUUUCAUGAAGAAAACCUUCCUGUUGCAUAAAUGGGUUACGAACAAGAGGUGAGAAUUGAAACAUUUCUAUUGUGUGUGGGGUUUUUUCCCCCUUUGGGGGAGGGAUGUGUGUCAUGCCUUUAAAGUGUAAGAUGAUGCAUUCUCAAAAAGGGUAUAUCCAAUCACCAGGGCAGAUGAAUUAAGGCUUGUAAAAAUAAAUAAAUACGUCAUUUGUUUCAAAGGUUUCAUUAGGAUCACUUGAGACAUGCAUGCUCCUUGCACAGGACAGGAAGUAUUUUGAGAAAUCUUUUCUCCUUUCAUGCCUUGCCCUGGGAGUAAUCAUUGAUGUUGCCACAGAAACAGCACGUACUGCAUUACGCAAUUCCUUGCUUAGACUGGGGGGGUGUUGGGAAGUGUUUUAAAACCCGCCUUGAAAUUUUGAUACAGCACACUGUGUUUUCAUUUGUCAGCUACUUCCCUGACUUGAGAUUUAUUGUCCCGUUCCAGAACAUCCAACGCUUACAGAAAUUCCAAGUAUUUUGAAGAGGAAGAUGGAAAAAUGAACGUUCAGGCCCCAUCCCCCCCCCCCCCAGUUAAUUGUGGCUUGGACUUAGCAGUGGCUUGCACCAAUGUAAAGGCACUUCUUGUGCAAAGCAGCUUCUCUGAAUUCUGGCAGCCCAGCUUCAGCCUCUGUGCCCCUCUAUCAUUACUGUUCAAGAGGAUUCCUUGACCCUCUCUGGCGGCGGCUUUUUGGGGGGGGAGGGGGUUUGCUGCACAGAGGGUGGGCUAAGGAAGUCUCAUAGGAUCCUGCCCUACAUGCAAAUUUGCGCAUUAAUAUUUUGUUACUUAGUCUGAGAUAAGUCCAUACCCAGUACAUUAAGCAUAGUGCCUCUGAACCGCCCUUUAACUAGUUGCCUCAUGUAUGAAUGCAGGACAGAGUGUGAACAAAACAAAAAGAGGUUGGCUACUAGAGGGAGGGCCUUUUUGGUGUUGGCACCAUCAGAGAAGCCUGCCUGGUGCCUACUUGACCAUUUUCGGUGCCAGGUGAAGAUACUUUCCAUCUUAAAUAUUUUUUACUCCUUUUUCUAUUCUCUUUUUCUGGUUCUAUUCCAUGUUAGAUUUUAUUUUCAUAUUGUAUUUCAUUUUUUAAAAUUUUAUUUGUGAACUACCCAGAGGGCUUAUGUCAUUAGGUGGUAUAUAAAUAUUGGAAAUAAAUAAAUCUAUGUUGUGGCCAACUAUUUAUUUAGCACAGUUGGUGUGUAUUGUGCUUCACACAAAUCAAGAUGACAGAUCUCUGUCCCAAAUAGCUUAAAGUUUAAAAGUUGACACAGGGGAAGUGGAGGAAGGGGGAAGUAAAGGCAGGGCUAAACAGGGUAGAGUAUGAAAUUGCUUCAGUUUCCUGUGCAUAGCCUUGGUUACAAAGUUGCAGCAGGGCGUGAGUUUUCUCAUACAAAAAACACAGCAGAGCAAACAACCACUGUUGGCCUUCCUGGUUCUGUGACCAUUAUCGGCCAUUAUCUGGAAGAGUGUGUACAAUGAAUAUAGGUUCAUUGGGCUUAGGUCAGGACACAGAUUGUGAAUGGAACUGUUCUCAUUUCAGCCAAGCUGUAUUAUGAUUUGUGUGGGCUGACACCUUGUAACUGAAAUAUUAAAACACAACAAAACCUCUUUUUUAUAUACAGUAUUGACCAUCUAAGCUAGGAGUAGCCAACAAGGUAGCCAACACCCUACAGAUGUUUUGGAUUACAACUCUGAAUAGCCCUAGCGGCAUGGCCAAUGGGAAGUGUAGUCCAAGACAUCUAGAGGACACUACAUUGGUUAUCCUGAUCAAAUGCCAUACCUGAGACAAGGGCACUUUACCAAUGUGUAUUGCCCAAUGAAUCUUUAUAUUGUCUUCAUUAGAGCAAACUCAGAUGUUGUAAACAUUUCCUCAUAGGGGAGUGGCCUUGCUAUGUAGAAGUAUGAGUUACCUCUGAUUUACUCUGUAUUUUAUUUACCUGGAAGAUUAUAGAUAAACGUUUUUUCUGAAAACUUUGCUUGAAAAACCAAACAUUUCAAAUUAUAAAGGGUUAAUUCAAAAAUGGAUGUUGUUUCUCACUAUUCUUAACACUGUCAAAUAACAAAUUAUUUUCUUCCUAAGAGAAGUUGUAAAGUGGAGAAAUCUGUCCGUACGUCAUUAAUAUGUGAAAUGAGUCCUGAUUUUCUGCAUAAUAUGAUUCAUGGCUAUAAAACAAGAUAUGUGACCUUUUGAGUCACUAGAACAUCUUCCUUCUUUUGCAGAUCUGGGAUUUACCUUUGGUCUCUCAACUAGCGUUUUUCUGGGGGGAAGCAGUUAACACCCUUAAUUUUCAAACAUCAUUAUAAUAUACUUCAUUGCAAAAUACUUUUUAAAAUGGACUUGUUAAUUACCAAUUGUCAUGAUGACAUUAAGGUAGUUAGUAUGUUAAAAAAGAAAAGAAAAAAGCAGCAGCUAUGGAGUUUGGCAAGAUAAAUGUACCAAAAAGGCACUUUCAACAUCCUAGAAGUAGGAUUUUAAGGAAUAUAUAAGUGUUGGAGGAUAUGAAUGAGAUUACACAAAUUUGGUUAAAUGUAGCCAUUUAGGCUAUGCACAUCUUUCUUAACAAGCUUUUAAUCUGGACAGAAUAUUUUGUGUUGUCUUCAGUGUCAUCUGCUUUCCCUUUGGUUGCAUCCCCACGCCGAUAGGCAAUCUUGUUGAAAACUGUGCACACACUUAUAUACAGUAUACACUUAAGCUUUAUGGAGCACACUGACUCUCUUUAGAAACAUGUAUUUUAUUAACUUGUGGUUCUGACAAGUGAGGGGGGUGAGUCUUUAUCUGGAAGGGGGAGGCAUGCCUAUGUUAAAAUGAUUAAAUAACUUUGCGGUGAUUUGGAUUUUGAAAAGAAAAAGAGUAACUUGCUUACCAGUUGUUUGGAAAAUGAGACGUAGUAUUUUAGUUUCUAGUCUCAUUACUCUGCACCAUCAUGUAAGCAAGGAUUGAGAAUUGGAGACAGAAGGCAUUCUGACGUCAUUCUAAGCUUGGGUAGAGCCUAGUUGACACUGCAGGGAUUUACCCCUUGACUGACCUUCAAACAAAGCUUGCAGUGAACAGGACAGAGCAACAGAAUGGCUUAGCAUGGUGACUAGACAUCACAAUAUUAGUUUUUAAUUGCUGGAGAUAAGGUACUGUUCAUUCUGUGUUGUGAUGCAUAGUUAAAAGAUCACUUUAAAUAAACAUAUGCAGUAUGUGGCAAACCUUCUACACUGACUGGGAUUUGGGCAGCGUUAAGUGAAUCUAAUGGGAUUAAGAGAUACGUAAAAUUCAGAAAUGGUUUUGUCCUACUCUCCUGUCUGCUCAGCUACAAAACAUUAAUUGCAUAGUCUUGGCAAUUAGGCUGAGUUCAUGCCCUAGAGAGAGAACAUUUAUAUACUUGGAACUCAUUUGAUUUUAGCCUGACAAGAGUACUGUUAGUUAUGUAAGUCUGAAUAUAGUAGUGACUUCUCCAAGAUCACUAAGCAAACUUUAAGGGUUCAGGAAGUUGAACCUGGGUUUCCUGCACUGAUCCCAAACUCCCUGGCUUUUUGAACAGUACAACAGCAAAGCACUCUAGGCCACGGUUCCAAUUAUAUCACUGUAGUUAUGGUCCCUUAAAGUUUUCAUUCCAGUUCUCUGUAGAUGCUUCUCCUUUCCUUCUUGCAAAAUUGACUGGCACUACCUUUUUUUCUUUUCCUUUUGUAAUAGUGUUGUAACUUCUAGUGGUUAGAUCAAGGAUGCUUAACAUUUUUUGGCCUGACAGCUGCCUUGAUUAUUAGCCAUGCCUCUGAGGGCUGCAUCUCAGUGGUGGCUGUAGCCAUCAUAUGUAUGUGCAUGUACGCAUGCCACACACAGAGACACUCACUAGGCAAAUAGGUACACAACCUUCACCCAACACAAACACAAUCAGCACUUCCAGCCCUCCCCACUGGGGUGCAGCUGAUUGGAAACACAGUCUUUAACAUUACACAGAAAGGCAGUUUUCCUGCCCACCCCCAUUCCAGCACUGGGGUGGAGGGAAAUGCUGCUUUUUUUUUUUUUAACUCUUGAAGAGCAGUCAGGCUUUGACCCGUCUCAGCACUGUGGUUCUUGGGACAAAGAAUAGAGAGAGAAAAAUCCUUUGGUUCUUUUGGGGUUAUCUCUUAAGCAGCAGGCAUAUAACUUUUAGCAGAUCUUGGUGGGCCAGAUGCAGCCUGUGGUCCAUGAAUUAUCCACCCAUGGGUAUCGCCAGGAUUUUUGUUUGGGGGGGAGAACAUCAGAUUUGUAUUGAUUAUAGGGGGCAGCUGCCUCCCUGCUCUCCCCGGCCUCACCCCUGUAUCCACCCGUUUAGACAGUGGACUUACCCAGUGUUGUGGGAGGAUGAUACAGUCCAGGGUCACUGAUUUUAAAGAGUUUGCAAGAGGGAGGAGAGGCUGAAUAAUGAGCACACAUGGGAUCAUAGUUCAGCUACCCUUAAAGCAAUGCACUGGCUGUGUGUGAGCUACAAUUGUGCCCCUCAAUUGGCCUUGAAGGCGGCUGCUAAAGACUUUAUUUACUUCUGGGAAUUAAGGGGCCCAACAGUUGUAAGCAUGACACUGUAAUUUUGAGCAUGCUUGUGUUUUUAUUUACUAUUUCUUGCUGUUGUGGAAUAUUUGUAAUGAUGUUUAAAUUAAAUGAUGUUUAAAUUAUAUUGUUUACCAUUCUGGAUUGCUGCCUGGUAGGACAGGCAAUGAAGAAAUACAGUAGAAAGAAGUUUAAAGCCCUCCUGGAUCUGUUUUUCAUGUAGCCUAAUGACAAGCUCUGGAGAACUCAAAAGCUUGCACGCUGUUUUGUGAAAUUUUGGUUGGUGUAAUACGCAAUAUAAAACAAAAUCUUUAUUUGGAUAGCCAGCUGCAGUUUUGUUACAGAAUCAUGUGUAUUAGAAGAGGCAUGUUGCACACAGAUGUGGAAACAGUUGCAUUGCUUAUCACAUGUGGAAAUUAUAUUUCUGAUUAAGGACUAUUAAGCCUAUCUAAUUAAAUGACACUAGCUAUUACCUUGCUCUGGUGGAGUCAAAUUGAAACAAAGGAUUGUACCAGUGCAGUGGUGUUUAGGAUAGAGAAACUUAACCGUUUUCUCUAGCAUUUCUUGAUAGAAAGCUAUUGAGAUUGUCUUUCUCAAUAUUGAACUUCAGUAUUGAAAUAUCCAUUACAUGAGCCAGAUUGUUUGAGAGAGAAAGAAUCUACAAGUGUAGGUUAAGUGUCUGAUACUGGGAGUAUGAAGGACAUUAAUGUUAAGGCUUUGAACAGGGAGCUAAAAAUAGGUGGUUGGAUCCACAAUUGUGUGAGUGGGAGGUCAUUUAUACUAUGAGACUUUCCUGCUCUGUCUGCCCCCCCCCCCCAUAGCUGCUAGUAUAUGCGAAAAGCAUUUCUGGAUGGUUGGGAUUUGUUAUUCCAUGGUUUGACAGCUUAAUUUCUUCCUCAUUUACAGUGAACAAAGUACCAUCAGAUGAAAUUUUUAAGUGGCAGAAUAAUAGAAUUGCAGAGUUGGAAGGGACCCUGGGGGUAAUCUAGUCCAACUUCCACAAUGCAGAAAUCCUGUCCACAGCUGUUUCUGGCUGGGCUCAAGCCACUUACCUUCUGGUUAACAGCCAGAUGCACUGACCCAUUACACCACCUGAAAUAUUUAACCCAGGAUUAUAAUAUGAAGGCUAAACAGAUUAAACUCAUGAGAGUUAUGGGUUCUAAACAUCGCUCCCUCUUCCAUAUAUUAGCUCAACUUUGUCCAUUUUCUAUUCUUAUUGCUUUGGAUAAAUGAAUGAGAGCCAGAGCACAAAAUCUUCCAGAAUAUGUCGUAGAGAGAAUCUCUAAAUCUUUGUUUCCUGCUAGGUGAUCUGGAAAUGAGCUCCAGUUCUGCUCUAGAGCAAUAAAGUUGUUUCCCCAAAACUUUCUGCAUAGUUUCAUAACAGGUGAAGAUAAAAAGGUAAAGGACCCCUGGAUGGUUAAGUCCAGUCAAAGGUGACUAUGGGGACUACUGGUAAGCUUUCAAACUGCUAGGUUGAUUACCUUUUUAGUUUGAUUACAACUGGCCUGUUGUCUCCUUAAAUCUUCAUGUACAUAGUGCUUGGCUAUGUGACUAUGAAGUGCCAUCUACUGGUGAUAUUUGACUUUAUAAAAAAGUGUGAUAUUUCAUGUCUUUAAUUUUUAAUUAUAUGAAAUCAAGUAAUGCACAUAUACACAUACGUAUUUGCUUUAUAGGAUCAAUUUAAUUGAUCGGUGGGUUCAACUGUGAUGGAAGUCUAAAGGGUAAAUUUUAGAAGUAAAUUACUCCUGUUGACUGAAUAUAAACAGAUAUAAUGCAGAUAUUGAUGAAUAUAAUUGCUGUCAGAACUCUGCUUAUUACUGAUUAACUGACCAUGCUGGGGAAACCCAGCCAGAUGGGUGGGGUAUAAAUAACAAUAACAGCAAUAAUAAUAGUAAUAAUAAAAUGUCUCUCUCCACUGCCAGAGGCAGUAAGUCUCUGUAUAUCAUUUUGGGAACCACAGAUGGGAAGAGUGCUGUUGUGCUCAGGUCUUGCUUGUGGGCUUCCCAUGGUCAUCUGGCUGUGAAAACAGAAUGCUGGACAUGAUGGGCCUUUGGCCUGAUCCAGCAGGCCACACCUUGUGUUCAUGUAAACACACACAUAAAGGGAGCAAGGGAGUGAUAUUUAAUACUAAGAUUGAUUGAUUUUUUUAAAUAAAAAGUUUGAAUAGUGUAAUAAUGUAUAUAAUAUUUUUGUUGAAGUGAUUUUUUAUAUGUAUAUAAAAAGAAUGUUUGUUAGCUUUGUGGAUAGAUAUGUGGUUGUGGUUCUUCACCCUCACCAUGUGUUACCGUUUUUUUUGUGUUAUUCACAAUUUGCCCUUGCACUGCAUUGUGGAAACAUACAUCAUUGGGUGCAAGUUGUAUAGUGGUACCUCGAGUUACAUACGCUUCAGGUUACAGACUCCGCUAACCCAGAAAUAGUACCUUGGGUUAAGAACUUUGCUUCAGGAUGAGAACAGAAAUCGUGCUCUGAUGGUGGCGCGGCAGCAGCAGGAGGUCCCAUUAGCUAAAGUGGUGCUUCAGGUUAAGAACAGUUUCAGGUUAAGAACGGACCUCCGGAACGAAUUAAGUACUUAACCCGAGGUAUCACUGUAUUGAAAUGCAGUUUUACCUACCUGAUUCUCCUGAUCUAAUAUAGCUGCUAUGUCCAGGCACAGUAAUGACUUAUUUCCUUUGUGCCAGGACUUUGACAGACAUUCUGACCAAUAAUUUUAAUAAACCACAAUAUUAUAAAGAGAUUUGCAAGAUCCAUCACUCUAGCCACUACAGAAAGUGUCCUGGCAAGCAAAUCACUUUCUCAUCUUAGGUAAUUGAAUGUACAUCUUGUAUUUGCCACAUAGCAUGUUGUACUACCAUGGAAUUCUGAGAAUGAAAAGCAGGUCAAGCAACAUGCCAGCAUUGCAAACUAAUAAAGAUCUCACGUGAGAGGUCCCAAACAUCAGGAAGUGCCUGUAAUGUUUUGACCUGGCCUUGCAGUAUGGUAUGUGAGAGGUAGGGGGAGCACAAGAUCACAAUGCUUAGACUCAACCAACAUCAUUACAUCUGAGUCAAGCCUUAGAAUCUCAUAAUAUCACUAGGAUCAUAAACCCUUUAAAUAGCCCUAAAUGUUAAAAAAAAACAAAGAGUGAAAUAAUCCUUAAAGAAUGUCAUUACAACCUCACAUUAUCGCAGGCAUAUUACCUGGGAGAAGAGUAUGUUUUGUGUACAGAUUGGCGAUUUUCAGUAGACAAGAUUUUAACCUAAUUUUUACAUUAAAACAUUUAAAGCAUUUAUUUGCACAAGUAUUGUCUUGCACCUAUAAUCUUAAGAUACAGUAGUAAAGCACCUUUGAAGGUAAGCAGUUUAGCUAGACAGCAGUAGAACAAUUAGUAAAUCCUUACUGCAGUAAUUAUAGAUAGCUUCCUGACCCUCUUACUUUUAGGUUAUGGUCAAGGACAUCUUCCAUAUGAUAGAAAAGGAAAUGGCAUUACACCAAAAGUUGUCUACCCAAUCUGCUUUCAUAUUUGGUCACAAAGACUGCAGCAACAUGCACUUGCUUUGAAGUUAAAUAGUACUGAAACUUCUACCACCUGGGAAAUAAUUAGAAAACAAGAAGUUCCCAUUGCUUUAUGAGAUGCUUCCAAGGCUCAGUGUGAUAUCAAGGACAGCCCCUAACUCCCAGUCUCCCCCAACUGGGCGCCUUCCACAUGUUUGGUGUGUGUCUCCUAUCAGUCCAAGCUAACCUGGCUAUGCUGGGUGAAGGUUGAUGGGAGUUGUAGUUCCAAACAUCUUCAGGGCACCAGAUUAGGGAAGGCUGCUUUAAAGUGUCACGGGACUUAGUUGUUUUUAUCCUUCUUUACCAUAAUUUUCAACGCGUGUGAAAAUAAGCUGGGCUAAGUGGAAAUUCCCCACCUGCACCCCAAGAAAGCAGGUGCUUAAUCCCUGAUUUGCAUCAGAGGGACUGAAUGAGCAGAGAACACACCGUAGUAACUACUGUCUUGCCCCAUGAUUCAGGACCAGAACAGAACAUUUAGUUUAAAUUUUGUUUUCCCUCUUAAAAUGAUGUAAGGUAAUUGUGUGGGAAAGACUAAUAUAAAGCUUAGCUCUCAGCUAUUUAUCUUAUGAACAUUCUGCAAAUGGAUCUGCAGCGAAACUAUGAACAGGUUUUUCAUGCCUUUUUAAGUACCACAUAUAGCUUUUAAGAAGCUGGAUAAAACAAAACAUGUAAGUUUUCUAGUGGGAAAGUACAACUCCAACUUGAUAAUUGCACAAUUAUGUUAAAUACCUUUUCCCCCUCCCACUUGUUUCCAGGAACUCAUAAGCCUUGGGUAGACGGGAAUCAAGAGCUACCAAGUGAUCUUCUGGCUGGUUUCCAGUAAAUGGGCAUGGAUUCUUCAGCCAAUACUGCAGAUCUGAUUGGCUGGCCAAAUCGUGUAGGAUCUGCAGUAUUGUUCAGAGAUUAAAACCUUAGAGUAUGUUUUUACUGUAUGUCCUUGUUUAUUGAGGUGAAGUUGUUGUUGUUGGUGUUUUGUAUCUUUAUUUCAGAUUUUGUUGUGAUUUAUGUGGAAAUUGUUCAGUUUGGUUUUGUAUUUUUAAAUGUUUAACUUACUGUUUAUGACUACUUUCAUUAUGUUGUAGUUAUGUAUUUUUUUAAUGUUGUAAGCUGCCUUGAACAUGGUUUGCACUGUGGAAAGGCAGCAUACAAAUAAAAUUAGGGAUGGUUGGAUGCCAUGUUAUAGUACAGUGGUACCUCGGGUUAAGAACUUAAUUCGUUCUGGAGGUCUGUUAUUAACCUGAAACUGUUCUUAACCUGAGGUACCACUUUAGCUAAUGGGGCCUCCCACUGCCGCCGCACGAUUUCUGUUCUCAUCCUGAAGCAAAGUUAUUAACCCGAGGUACUAUUUCAGGGUUAGCGAAGUCUGUAACCUGAAGCGUCUGUAACCUGAAGUGUAUGUAACCGGAGCUACCACUGUACAGGUGCACCUGAAUGAUAAUUAUUUGAUCUUUUAUCUAAAAUCUGGGCACCAAAGAGGCAGAAUAAGCCAUGAGACAUAAUAAUCAAAUAUACUUUAUUAUUACAGAAACAGAAAGAUCAAUUAAUUGCAGGGUUGCUAACCUUUUUGGUCUUGUGCGCACAUCUAGAAUUUUGAGAGUGCCUCUGACACUAUCCCUCUGGUGGUUUCUCCCCCUCACCCCACUGUGCUUUCCCAUGGCAUCUGGGUAAGAGUUGGAUCCAGUAGAAUUAAAUGUGCAUUAUUUUAGACAGUAUCCCCCCUCCCCCACACCAUCAAAAUUAAAGCUUAACAUUAAGUGGACUGCUGAGUAAAAUAUUUGGUACUUGCCAGCCCCACAGAAACUUUGACCCAAGCCAAAGCACGGCUCCUCGUGGAUUUUACACAGGAGGAGAACAAAGGCAACAACAAAUCACUGACACUUCUGUGGACACAGAGGUGACCUAUGAUUUGAUAGUGGCUUUGAAGGUGUCCCUUUUAAAAAUGAUAAGCCCUUGAAUUCGUGUUUUGGAAAGCAGUUGACCUGUGGUGUCUAUGACUCAUGUAAAUGGAGACAGAUGUGAUCUAUGAUUUGGUAGUGUUUGGUAGGAGCAAGAAUGAUAUGCCAUUCCAAGAGGAGCUGUUUUAUUGAGUCCAAUGUGUUUGAGCUCAUGCAUUUUUGUUCUUUGGCACUCUGUAUUUCUCCUGAUUUCUGCCCUGGCCACUCCAUUUCCCUCCCUCCCCUGAAAUAUUGCAGUUCACUCCCUUUUAAUCCUGUCUUCCCCCCUUUCCCUCCUACCCUCUCAGUUGCUCCACUUUCUGUUCAGCUAUUGAUCUGAGCCUUGAAAAAUAUGUAGAGGAGAUGGGAAAGAGGGUCACUCUUCCAGCUUAACUCCUUAAGCUCCAUAUACUUCUCAGUGCGGAAAAUAGGUACCCCUCCUCAGUAUUUCAAGAAAGGUGAGCUUUGAGGCUUCAUGGGCACCUCAAAAGUGUCAUUGUACACACAAGGACCAUGUUGGCAACCCCAGAUAUUCAGAUUGGUCUAGCACCAACUAUGUGGGUAAGUGGUACGAAGGACAGAGCGGAUCAGGACAUUCAUCAUCAUCAUCAUCAUCAUCAUCAUUUAUUCAAUUUAUCUACAGCCCUUUACCGAAAUACCUUAGGGCAGCGUUCAACACUAGAAACAUAUUACAAAACAUCAAUGGAAAAAACAUAGUAAAAAGUAUACCGACAGACAGCCUAAUGGUAAAAUAAUUACAAUAAUAACAGACGUACAGAGUGAGAAGGAGCAAUGUGCUAUGAGAAGACUGGAGAAAGAUGGAUACCAAAUAAUGAGAUUGAAGGGCAGUAGGCACCAGCUGCAUGUGCAGGAUCAAACUGGGGUUAGAGAUUAAGUUCAGGUGCCUAAAGUAGCAAAGGUUACUGGUUUGCUUGGAGAGCAGAAGGACGGAAAAAUUAGAAAAUUAAAGAGGGAAAAGAACCUGGAACAUGGUUGUUAUCAGUUCCCAGGGUAGUCAAUAUGUUGUCGUCCAGAUAUAGUUUGACUCCAUCUCCCAUCAGCCCUGACCACUGGACAUGUAGACUGGAGCUGAUGGGAGAUGGAGUCCAAUAACAUUUGGAGAGCACCACAUUGGCUACCCCUGACUUAUCAGCACUUGAGGGAGGAUGCUGUACUGUAGAUCCUUGACUAGUCUGCAAUAAAGUAACAGGGGGGCAAGCCUUUUUGGGUGAAGGCAUGGAAGAGGAACUCAAGGUUGUGGUUUCCCUUGGAACCCUGAUGAGGAGUACAAAAUAAUAAAGAACCAGGGAACAAGGUUAGGAAGGGUGAGCAGAGCUAACUAACUUGACUGAAUGAGCAUGGCCUGAACACCGCUUUUAGUUUUUGAUCCUUUUAGUUUUUGGUUAUGAGAGGGAGCAAUUUCCCUAGAUAUUUAUUUAAUUUAAAGCACCUGUAAUUUGCUUAAUAUUUAAAAAUCUCUAAGCAGUGUACAAUAUUAAAAACAUCCAUUAUCAUUAAACAAAAAAUUCAGCCUAAAGCUAAUAAAACUACAGUAUAAAAGCAUCUAAAACAAAACCAAUAAUGCAGGGGAUAAACAAGGAGGAGAGCAUUUAAAACAGUAGAGGCCUACCAUGGAUGACAAGUGCAGAACUGUGUGGAGUGUAAUAAGGGGUCCUGUUUGAAGGGAGAACAUUAACCUUGAUGGAUGAUAAUGGGCAUUACCUGUUUACUGGUACUUGCAGUGCCUCAGGCAUGGAGCUUCCUCUAGGCCAGGGCUCAGAAACCAAUUAAACGGUGCCACGCGGGUGGCGCUGUGGGUUAAACCACAGAGCCUAGGGCUUGUCGAUCAGAAGGUUGGCGGUUUGAAUACCCGCGAUGGGGUGAGCUCCCGUUGCUCCCCAGCUCCUGCCAACCUAGCAGUUCGAAAGCACGCCAAAAAGUGCAAGUAGAUAAAUAGGUACCGCUCCAGCGGGAAGGUAAAAACCAUAUUGUCAGGAAAGCAUUGUUUAAUGUCUGGAUAAGAUACAGUGGUGCCUCGCAAGACGAAAUUAAUCCGUUCCGCGAGUGUCUUCGUCUAGCGGUUUUUUUGUCUUGCGAAGCAACCCUAUUAGCGGCUUAGCGGCUUAGCGCUAUUAGCGGUUUAGCGGCUAUUAAAGGCUUAGCGGCUUAGCGGAUUAGCUGCUAAAAGGCUAUUAAAGGCUUAGCGGCUUAGAAAAAGGGGGGGGAGCGAAAAAAAAUCUCAAGACUCGCAAGACAUUUUCGUCUUGCGAAGCAAGCCCAUAGGGAAAUUCGUCCUGCGAAGCAACUCAAAAACGGAAAACCCUUUCGUCUAGCGGGUUUUCCGUCUUGCGAGGCAUUCGUCUUGCGGGGCACCACUGUAUAAGGACUUACUUGAAAAUAAAACCCCAAGGUGGUUGUCACCGAUGGAAGCAAAAGCACUGAGGAAGCUCAAUAUGGAGGCCAAAUGGCCGAAAUAUUGGGAAAUUCUGGAACAAGAGGGAGACAGAUUGAAACUGCAGAGUUUUGAGAAACUAAAAAAUACCUGGAAGAAUGGCAGAUGAAGGUGAUGGACUAUAUGGAAUUGGCGGAAAUGACUGGCAGAAUCCGAGACCAGGGAGAAGAGUCGGUGGAAGAAGAUUGGAAAAAGUUUAAAGACUAUUUACAGAAAUAUUGUAAAAUUAAUGAAUGUUAGAAUGAUGUUGGAUAGAAAUUAAGUGGUUUUUAGCUGUAAUACUAUAAGGGAAUAUGAAAAAUGGAUUAUGAAUAGGUAAAAAUUUAAUGUUACAACAUUUUAAGACUAAAGACUAGGAUAAACAAAGAGGGGAAGGAUUUGCUUGAACUAACAAACUGAACUGGAAUACAAAAAAGGGAGGUGCGAAGAGGUCCGGGAAACAAGCUAAUGAAAAAUAAGUAAUGGAAAGAUUGAGUUGUUUUUAACUAUUUUUAUUUUGUAUUUUUCUUUUUUCAUUUUGUAAUAUCUUGAAAAUUUUAAUAAAUAUCUUUUUUUUAAAAAAAAAGAUAAAUAGGUACUGCUCCGGCGGGAAGGUAAACGGCGUUUCCGUGCGCUGCUCUGGUUCACCAGAAGCGGCUUAGUCAUGCUGGCCACAUGACCCGGAAGCUGUAUGCCACCUCUCUCGACCAGUAAAGUGAGAUGAGCGCCGCAACCCCAGAGUCGGCCACGACUGGACCUAAUGGUCAGGAGUUCCUUUACCUUUAGGCAAGAAAGGAAGGUGUUUUCCUAUUCUGAAGUUCUCAGUCACUUCUGCUGUAGAUGCUAAUGACUGAUCUUGUUAUGGCUCCCUAAGCAUCAGCUUAGUUCGCCUUCCCAGACAGUGCUGAAUUUUUUUUGAGUCAAAAGUGCUGAGAUAUAAUUAAAAGAGUGGUGAGGUUGAGCCUCCUUGGUAAGAAUUUAGGGGACUGUUCUGUGGCUGGCAGCAAUGCAGUUCAUUGUUAAUACUGCUGGUCAGAGGUGAAGCUUGUUUGGAUUCCUAGUUUUAAAACAACAACUCUUCUAAUUAUCAGAUUGCAACAGUCAGUCCCCUUAGACCUCAUCUUAGAACAAAUCCAUGGCUCUGUUGCAUGUAUUAAUGUACUUAAUGUUCUCUUGAGUUGCAGGCAGACUGGUUGCACUUUGACAUGUUCACUACCUACUUAAAUAAAACGCUUGCACAUACAGUAUGAUUCAUGUUACAACAGGGGCUUCUGUCUUCAGUUUUAACUCCCACCCACCCAAAGCACACUGAGCACAGCUAAUAGCAAUAUGUUAUUUCCCCUCAGUUUUUAAAUCAGGUGGUUGGAAGUUUCUGCUGGCAAUCCCAGAAAUUGGGCAUUUGCAGGGCCUGGCUGAUAGAAUCUGCUGCCAUCCCAUAACCGCUGCAGCAGAGGGACAUUUUUUUCCUCCCCCCCCCUUACAGCCUGAGCGAUGGAGUUGUAUAAACCCCAACGCUGACAGUCAGUGAUUAGAACUGCAGUCCAAUUUGACUACCCCUCUGGAGAUUUAAAGUGGUUUAGGCUGCAAUCCGAUAUACACUUACCGUCCAAUUUUAACUCAACGGGGAUCACUUCUGAGUUGACAUGCACAGGUUUGCACGGUUAGUAAUGUUGGAUUUUUUAAAAAGUCGUUAAGGACUCUUAACGAUCUUCCACACUGAGCCCCCUCCUAAAACUACAGCUCCCAAAAUGCUAAGGCGCAACAAACCUGUAAAUGACUGUAUCCCCCCCCCCCCCCCGAUCCCCAAGGACAGUUGCGCAUUAGCCUGAACACAUUACUGCAGACGUUAAGUGGCAUUUAAAGCGGGUUGAUGCUUGCUUUUACCCAUAUGCGCCUACCUGCGAGUAAGCACCAUGGGCCCCAGUGCGGCUUUGCCUUGUGUUACCCCAGCCCUUUUCUAAAGCCUGCGCGGCCAAGGCAUCCCUUUGUCUCCGCGAAGCGCGCAGGGGGCGGAGCCCAGCCUCGGCGCCUCGCGCGCAUUGCUUGGCUCCGGAGUUGGGGGGGCGAGUCUUCCUGCUCCGCAACUUGUUCCCCGCGCUGGCCUGAGGGGGCGGAGCGUCCUGCAGGCCCCGCCCUCCGGUGGCCUUGCCAGCACCCCCCCCUCCCGCUGUAGCCGAGGAUCCAGGACACGCGCCGGCUGCCUGGCUGUCGGCGGCGCACCUUCCCGGAUCUUCCUUGGAGCUUGUCGCAGCAGGCGGGACCGCAGGAGGGAGCGAGCCCCCAAUGCGAGAAUGGCGUCUCCGCCGGCUCGAGAGCUCACGCAGAACCCCCUGCAGAAGAUCUGGGUGCCUUACAACAACGGGCUGCCUGCGAAGCACAGCGCGCAGCGAGGCGGUGAGUGAGCGAGUGAGCAAGCAAGUAGUGGCGGGCAGAUCUCGGGGCGCCUUGGCUUUCGGGGACACCGGAGUUGCAUCAGCCCGGAGCCCGCGAGGGUGUGUGCCGGGGAUUGAGGAAGCAGGACGUGGUAGCGGAGGCCUCUUGAGGGGAACGAGAGGCGAUGGAAAAAUAUUAACACCUCAGCAGAAAUAAUAGGAAAGCCGGCAUCUUCCGAGGAGAGGCGGGGUAGCUGGAUGACCCUCCCUCCCGCUGGUGGCCGGAGUGGCUGUGCUUCUCGCUGCCGGAGCGCCGUGCUCAACGCAUGUCCAUUAGGGUCCUGGAGAGGCACAGCUCAGAGGGAUCGAGGCGAUGCCCUCUGAGUGCCCGUUAUUCUUGGCGCAAGGGCUUCGCGACUCAUACAGGCUCUGGAGAUAUUUGCUAGCUGCCAUUUACCUUCUGGUGGACUGCAGUAAAAAGUACAUAGAAUGUGUUUCGCCUUAAAGAUCCUGCCAAUAAAUACUUUAACUUUCACCUUUUGGCAGGAAAUCAGGUGGUUUCUCCAUACUCUUAACAUCGCCCCCCUUUGCCAAAUGUACUGCCCCCCUGCCCCUCAGCCUCCGUCUACCCCAGCUCUCUUGCAUGCUCUUUGCUUUCUGGUAAAAUAAAGAAAGAAAAUAAAAUAAAAGCUAUAGCAGGAGCAACAUGAACAACAAAAAAAGGCAAGGGGGAGAUAAAGACUAUAUAGAGGUGCCUUGCCUUUCAGCAGCAGUGUUAUUAAGAGGAAUUCAGCUUUUGACAAAGUACCUCACCAAAGACUGCUGAGUAAGCCUAGCAGUCAGUGAAUAGGAGGAAAGGUCCUCUCAUGGAUCAUAAAUAGGUUACGCUGCUGGAAGCAAAGAGCAGGAAUAAAUGAACAGUUCUCUGAAUGCAGUGAAGUUGAAAGUGGAGUCUCCCCAAGGAUCGAUAUUGGGACCUGUGGUUUUUAACUUACUCAUAAAAGAUCUAGAGUUUAGAGUGAACAGCAGUGGGAGUAGCCAGGAAUUUUUUUGGGCAGGCCUUUUGUUAGGGGUGCAGAACCUCAGCUAUGUAUUUUUAUUGAUUUUUAUUGAUUAUGGGGGACAGCUGCUCCUCCCUGCCCCCCUGUGGCUACGCCCAUGGUGAGCAGUGAGGUGGCUACGUUUGCUGAUGAUACUAAUUUUUUCAGAGUCCUUGAAACAAAUAGAGAUCGCAAAGAGUGUCAAAGGGACCUCUCCAAACUGAGUGAGUGGUAAAAUGGCAAAUGCAACUGAAUGUAAACAAGUGUAAAUUUACACAUGGUGCUGCUGAAAAUCUUAGUUUUUGGGGUCUUAGUAGAUAGUUCAAUGAAGAUGUUGACCCAGUGUGCUGCAGUCGUGACGAAAAAGGAAAAUUCCUUGCUAGGGAUCAUUAGGGAAGGAAUUGAAAACAAAACUGCCAGUAUCAAAAUGCUGUCGUACAAAUCUCGGGUAUGACCGUAUUUGGAAUACUGUAUAGUUCUGGUUGCCUCACCUCAAAAAGGAUAUUGUAGAUUGGGAAAAGGUUCAAAAAGAGGCAACUAAAGUGAUUAAGGGGAUGGAGGGAAGGUUGCAGCAUCUGCGACUUUUUAAUUUAGAGAAAAGGUAAGAUUUGAUAUGAUAGACAUGUACAUGGACAAGCGUGGCAUGGAGAGAGAGAACUUUUUUUCUCCCUCUCUCAUAACACCAAAACUCAUAGCCAUCCAGUGAAGCUGAAUGAUGGAAGAGUCAGGACAGAUAAAAGAAAGUAUUUCUUCAUGCAGGGAGUGCAUAAUUAAACUAUGGCAUCUGCUUCCAUAGGAGGCCUUGAAGGCUACCAACCUAGAUGGCUUUAAAAGAGGAUUUGGAUAUAUUAAUGGAGAUGGCUAUCGAAAGCUACUACUAUGCCCUGCCUCCACAAUUGUAAGCAGUAAUGCUUCUAAACACCAGUUGCUGGAAACCACAGGAUGGGAAAGUGCUCAGAUCCUUGCUGUGUGUUUCCCACAGGCAUCUGGUUGGCCACUGUGAGAACAGGAUGCUAGACUAGAUGGGCCAUUGGCCUAAUCUAACAGGCUGUUAUUCAGUGAUCCUGUGUGUGGCCUUCUGGGACUCUGGGUUUCUCAGGCCGGUGGAUUUCUUGCUUCUGCACUAAAGAACACAUGCAGGCAAUGGGUGUCAAUAUUUUUGGUUUGGUUCCGUUCCAGUAAUAAAUACCAAAGAACUGGAAAAUGAGGCAAAUCCUGAGAAGAGAUGGGCUCCUUGUAAGCAGGAUAUCUGUUUACCUAUAGCAGAAUGCCUACUUUGUCCCACAGUCACCCACCCCAAAAAAAUAUAAAAAUCGGCAGGUGCGAGCCAACAUAGAUUGAAAGAAUGCGUGUGCCUGUCUGCCUGCCUAUUGGAGUCAUAUAUGAUCAAAUUGGCUUUCCCCUUAGAGGAUACUCUUGUCUCAAGAUUACAUAGAUUUCUGUCCCCUUUGGCAAUUUCUUUUCUCCAGAAAUCUGUCUCUGGAAGCUUACAGAUGCCUUCUGCUCCUUUGUUGCACUACCUUUGACCUUAUCAGGUAUAUCAGCCCCCAUGUUGGCUGCAGCCAUUGAAAAAAAAUAACAGCAUAUGUCCAGCAUGCCACUUGGCAGGUUGCAGGGUUAAGUCAUGAGCAGUACAAGUCACUACUAUGCCUAUGUCUAAAAUGGUGGUGUGGAUUGCUACUUGUCCUAGCUAAGUGAUCAAGUGGUUAUUUGCAUCUUUGAUACAGGUAAUGCCAUGUUGUUAUCAUCUAAAUGGCAGGGGUCCCCAAACAAUUUACAAACGAAUAUACUAUUUUUUAUCUAAUUCCUGAUAUUGAAAGUAAAAGGCACCACUCUUGGGUCUUUUUUUUUUGCCUCAACGCUAAUCUCUGGUUUGCAUGCUCCUCCUUCAGUAUGGCUAUGAAGAGGAGAUUGGAAGCAGCUGCUUCUGUUUGGGAGUUAUUUGUGUUGUUUAUUACAGUGGUACCUCGGGUUAAGUACUUAAUUUGUUCCGGAGGGCCGAUCUUAACCUGAAACUGUUCUUAACCUGAAGCACCACUUUAGCUAAUGGGGCCUCCUGCUGCCUCUGUGCCGCUGGAGCACGAUUUCUGUUCUCAUCCUGAAGCAAAGUUCUUAACCUGAAGUACUAUUUCUGGGUUAGCAGAGUCUGUAACCUGAAGCGUAUGUAACCUGAAGCGUAUGUAACCCGAGGUACCACUGUACAUUUAUAUAUACCACCCUUUUCUUCCAAGGAGCUCAAGGUGCAUGAUUCUGAUCCUCACCAUUUCAUCCUCACAACGACUCUGUGAAGUAGGUUAGGCAUGGUGAGUGGCCCAAAGUCACCCAGUGAGCUUCAUGGCUGAGUGGGGAGUAACAUCAAUUUGUUUUAUCAUCCAGAUUGGGUAUAUGGUUUAUGGAAGCAAGUCAACUUCAAACCAUACUUUAUGCAUCUGGAUUGUUUCAACUAAUCAUGGUUCAGAUUAACUACAGUUUGGGGUUCAGAGGACUGCAGUUCCAUCUAAUAUGGAAGCUUCUGAUCUCCUUGCAAGAAGGUGAGGGGUGUGUGUACAUGCAAGGCUCACUGACUUGUAGUGGUAAACCAUGGUUUAGUGAUAUGUCCAAACAUUGCUGUGUGUUUCCCACUAGUAUAGGGGAAGGAAGAGGCUAUGGAGCAGGGGUCAGCAACCUUUUUCAGCCGUGGGCUGGUCCACUGUCCCUCAGACCAUGUGGUGGGCCGGACUCUAUUUUGAAAAAAAAUAAAUGAACGGAUUCCUAUGCCCCACAAAUAACCCAGAGAUGCAUUUUAAAUAAAAGCACAAAUUCUGCUCAUGUAAAAACACCAGGCAGGCCCCACAAAUAACCCAGAGAUGCAUUUAAAAUAAAAGGACACAUUCUACUCAUGUAAAAACACGCUAAUUCCCGGACCAUCCGUGGGCCGGAUUGAGAAGGUGAUUGGGCCGCAUCCGGCCCCCAGGCCUUAGGUUGCCUAUCCCUGCUAUGGAGAUGCAUGGUUGAGAAAGGAAGGGUAAAACAGAACUGCAGAAGAAGACUAUAGUUCAUAGUAACAACAUCAAUUUGCUCAAUUCCUGGAGGGGUGUGUGCGUCCAUGUGUAUUAACUAUAAUUUGGCAAAAACAGUACUGUAGAUGUUACUGUUUUCUAUGUUCCUACUUUCCUCUAAUAUGGAAUUUUCAUGCACUAACACCCCCCCCCAAAAAAAAUUAGUGGUCCUCGGACAAUGGGAAUAUUAGUGUUUUGAACAGAGUGAUUUAUUACCACAGAGGCUGAAGGCUAGGAAAAUGAAGAUAAAAAUUGAACGAGCUUUUAAAAAGUGACAUUGAACUGACUAAUGGGGGGGGGGUAACUACUCUGAGCUUAAGUUGAAGCAUUAAUGAUGAAAGAGUGUGAUAUCCAUCUGCUAUCGUUUUCAGUAAUCUAAUCCUGAAGAUGUUUUGUGCUAAGCCGAAACUGAGUGCAACCUGGCCUUUCUAUAAUUGGCAUGAACCAAAGUUAUUUUUGAGUUAAUCUUUCAGGUUGUUUUAAGAUCUGCACAGUCCUCCCGGAACCUGUGCAUGAAUGUGGAGUUGAAUAAAUUUAUACAGCAGUUUGGCCCCAUUUUGGCAGUAUUGCAGAAGGAUUUGGCUGGUUAAUGGUUUCAAAUAGCUUCUUGUUGGAAUUAUUUGAAUUAGUGCUUCUUGGAACACAGUUUAACACUUGAACUAGUGCUUUAAGUGUGCAUUUGGAAUAAGAUAUGGUCAAAAUAAUGGAAUAUUUCUGUUAAGACUAUGGGAGAGGGGUUUAGGCCUGUUCUGAACCAGCAGGCAUACGUGCAAAUAUCUUAAAGGUAGUACUGAGUAUAAAAUAAAUGCAUAGAUGGUGCAGUUUCUAAGGCUGGGAUGAGGAGCCUGUGACUUUCCAACCGUUGGACUGCAACUCCCACCGGCUCCAGUCACCACAGUGUGUGAUCAAGGGUGAUGUAGGCCUGCAACACCUGAGAAGAGCACAGGUUCUUCCUUUCUGUCCUAAGGAGACUGGCACAUGAACAAAUAGCAGACAUGCCACUUCAGACCUUUGGUCCAUCUAGCCCCGUAUGGUCAUGGUUCUCAAGCAGGGACAUCAACUGCUUCCUGAUACUUUCAGCUGGAGGUGUUGGGUAUUGAAACUGGACCCUUCUGCAGGCAUGUGCUCUGCCACCAGACUUUGGCCACUCUCUAUAGCAAUAGUGCAGGACUGUCAAACAUUUAUCAUAGUGGAUGUCUCUAAACAUCAGGAAAACAAUUGUCCAGGCCUUCCCUCAUGUGAAAAUGGAUGUGGAGAGAGAGAGAGAGAGAGUGUUCAGGUUGUGAUGGUUAUCUUUGUCCUUGUCAUGGAACAGGCUGAUGAAAGUAAAGAGGAAUGCACAAGGUUACUAUGUCUACAGUAGCUGAGUAAAAGAGCUCAAUUAAAAAUAGAUGACUGACCCAUAAAUGUUUUUGCACUGUUUGACACUCAGUGCAAAAGGUUGGUACUUUUGAAGUGUGGGCAAAAACAGAGACAGGGACUGAAGGGAAGUAUGGGCUCAAUGGCAAGUAUUUACAGAGGCUGGCUUUGCUACAGAGAUGGGGAACCUAUUUCCUUCCAGAUAAUAUACAUGAAGUGCUUUCAACGUCCUAGAGAAACACUUUGUGUAGUAGAAAAAGACAAAGUAUUAUUUAGCAUUCUGUCCUUGAGGUUGUUGUCCGAACGCAACACUGCCCCAAGCUGACCACAAGUAAGCAAGAGUAAAACUGCUAAAGGGAAAGUUUUGUGGUUGUUGUGUUGCAUUUCAGUAAUUGCUGGCUAUCUCCCUGGGGGGAAGAGUGUUGUGUGCACUGGGAUAACAGGUUUAUUUCUCUAGCUCUUUGGCAAGUUGUUUAAUCUGAUGUGAACAAGGACCUUGUCAUUUAGUGACUGGCUAAUUGAACAGGAUGGGUUCAAAGGCAGAUAAAUGCAAGCUUACAGUGCCAGUUAAUAAGAAGCUGAUUAAGCGCUUUAGCUUUUGAAAGUAUGAAAGUGUUUGUUGUUGUCAUUGAUAAAGUCCGUGGACUAUUAAACUUUGGAAUGUUUUUCUAGAACACAGGUUCUCAUUACUUUUACAACAACAUAUUAAAAUUCAGUUUAUUACUCCACUCAAGUAAUGGUCAUUAUAUCAUAGUUCUAAUGCAGGCUGUAGAAAUACAAAGAGAUGCAUAAGGUUAAACCAAACCAUGGCUUAGUGCAAACAAGCAAAGGUGCAGGUUUCGGGACUGAAUAUUGCAGCUGCUUCACUCCUGUCCUGGUACUGCUGCUGCACUGGAGGCUAAGCCAUGGAUUGACUUAUUAUUACAUUGAACCCAUACUCAUGGUUUGUCUUGCUCUAACAAACCAGAAGUUGUAACCAAUGUUUGUUCUUGGUUUACUGCUCAUAGCUGGCCUGGGGGUGACAAACUAUAAGUCUGGGUUCAUACACAACACUUAAGACAAGCCAUGGCUUUAGAUGCCAGCUUCAGUGUUUACUCUGGGAGGCCUAUCUGUUCAUUUGUGCUAAGCCGUGGUUUGAUUUAGUCUUGCAUGCAAACUGGGGACAGCCAUUCUGACAAGGAAAUCUAACACAUCCUUAUCUGUUAUAGGAGCAACGGCAAUUUAGUUUUAUGAUGAAAUAGUGCAAUAAUUUAUUUCACUUUAUGAAGAAAUAAUGCAAGAAACCAAGCAUCACUGGGAAAAUAACUCCUAUGAAUGGAAUAGCAGUGUCUAUGCAGCAGUUAAAAUAUUGCUUUGCCUGGCUUUGCUUUAUUAACUGUGGAUGUUGGAGCAGGGGAGAGAGAGCUAGUUGGUGCAGAUGUAAUCUAAUACCAGCCCUUUACUAGAGUCAUUGACGCUGUGCUGAAUGUUGAAGGCAGCACACUGAAACUAUUACUUAGCUGAAUAGGGGCAACACCUAGCUGAUUAUCCUGGUUCGUUAAAUGUUUCUUUUCAGAAGAUCUGUUGAAUACAACCAUGAAAUGUGCAAUGGAGUUGUUUAACCUUGCAAUGUAAUGAUCAGAAUUGUUACCCAACAUCUAGAACCACUAUCAGCUUAACAUUCACCACUGUGUUAAUAGAUACAUAUUUCAGAAGUUACUGUUUGCCUAGAAUUAAGUAGAAAAACAGGAAGAUGAGAUAGGAUAGCAGGCAGGAAACAGAAGUAGCUACAUCAGCUACAUCACCAACGUGCUUUGCAGCACAGCUGGAGCUGAUGGAAAUUGUAAUCCAAAUCAUUUGGAGCCCCCCAGGUUGGUGUAGACCAGUUUUGCCCAACCUUGGGUCCCCAGCUGUUUUCGGACUACAACUCCCACCAUCCCUAGCUAGCAAGCCCAGUGGUCAGGGAUGUUGGGAAUUAUAGUCCGAAAAAAGCUGGAGACCAAAGGUUGGGAAACACUGGUGUAGACUACUCUACUGGGCAAAAAUACCCACAAAGUAUGGGCCUGAGGAUCAGAUAUCACUUCCAUCCACCAACAUCCUGCAUGUUGACUUACCAUUUCCAUUACAAAAGUCACUUACCAGAAAUAUUCAAUAUUCAGUUUAUUGAUACCUUUGAAGUCUAAAAACCUUCAUAAUUGUGCCUUGUGUUUCUCAGUCACCUGUUAUGGCUUCUAGUUACUCUUUGUGGUUUCUCUACCGUUCUGCAUGUGGUUCCAUGUUUAGAAAUGUCCAGACCUAAGCCAGUGGACUUCUUAGAGUGCAGGCUGUAAGAUUUGUCUUAUGAAAAAUAUUCUUUUGGACCUUAGAAUCAUAGUAUUGUAGAGUUGGAAGGGACUGCUGGGAUCAUCUAGCCCAAACCCUUGCAAUGCAUGGAGAAUAAAAACAAGAACUCUCAUGACACCUUAAACCACCCACUUGCACUUUGAUCUAGUUGAGAUUCCUGCAUUGGAAUCUAGUAAUACUUGAGUGUUAGCCAGGCACACAAAAAAAUGGCACCCAGACUUUUUGAGGUGCUUGCAAAUGGAGAAUCUUUGGGUGAAAAAUGUGCCCUGUUAAUUUCAAACCCUGCUCUUCAGUGCAGAGUUCCUCCCCCCUUGGAAUAAAAGACAUGGUCCUAGUGAAAGUGAUAUGCAAGUCUUGUGCCUGCUUUAGAUACUCAGUGGCUACAGUCUGGCAGCUUUGAACAUGCAGGCUUCUGUAACCAUGGCUUCACACCUAGACGUCACCUAGUUAAUCCAAUUUUUUUAUUCCCAUUUCAUUUUGUGAUAAGCUCCUAUUUCCUUUCCCCCAGUCAUAUGUGCCUUGUGUAAUCCUUAGUUGAUUUCUGGUUGCUCAAAGCACCCCCACCUGCCCACACAUUGCACUGAAUGCAUUCUGUUUCUCUGUUCAUCAUAUUCUUGCUUCUAUAUCAGCCACUCAGCCAAAAGGGAGUUGCAGGCAUCACUGAUCACCUGGUUGUCAGGUCUUGCUUAGCCUCUUGCAAAGCAUUGUGGGUAAUAAUAGUAUCUUGAAAGGGGCUUCUCAAGGCCAGACAGUCAGGUUACGUCGGAGGAUUGGCUGGUGGGUGGCUCUGUCGUGAGAGAUGAGGGGAAGUGAUAGCUAGACCCAGUUCACCCACCUCUGAUAUGAAGAAUAGUUGCAGUAUGUAGUGGCUUUUUUAUUGAGAAUAGUUUGUACAGCUGAGUACAACUUUCUAGCGUGGCGUUUUCUUCAGGCAGCUAAGUCCUGGUGGGUCUGAUGUUUUCAUUGAUGGAUCUUAAAUCAGAAUUAGGCCAAAUUCCUUAUCUCUCAGAAUGGAUAACAACGGUAGAAAAUAAUGUAUUGUUUGCCACAAACAUUGGCAACUUCAUUUCCCCCCAUUUUCUAGCUAAUGAAAGAGAGAGCAUAUGCUAUAUUUGCACUGUUCGAGCUUGAACCCGAAAUAGGGAGAAAUGUAAAGUAUUGCACUUGGGCAAAAAAAAUGAGAGGCACAAAUACAAGAUGGGGGACACCUGGCUUGAGAGCAGUACAUGUGAAAAGGAUCUAGGAGUCUUGGUUGACCACAAACUUGACAUGAGCCAACAGUGUGACGCGGCAGCUAAAAAAGCCAAUGCAAUUCUGGGCUGCAUCAAUAGGAGUAUAGCAUCUAGAUCAAGGGAAGUAAUAGUGCUACUGUAUUCUGCUCUGGUCAGACCUCACCUGGAGUACUGUGUCCAGUUCUGGGUGAAGAAUCACAGUCGUGAUUUCAACCCAACACUGGGCACCCCAGUUCAAGAAGGACACUGACAAACUGGAACGUGUCCAGAGGAGGGCAACCAAAAUGGUCAAAGGCCUGGAAACGAUGCCUUAUGAGGAACGGCUAAGGGAGCUGGGCAUGUUUAGCCUGGAGAAGAGGAGGUUAAGGGGUGAUAUGAUAGCCAUGUUCAAAUAUAUAAAAGGAUGUCACAUAGAGGAGGGAGAAAGGUUGUUUUCUGCUGCUCCAGAGAAGCGGACACGGAGCAAUGGAUCCAAACUGCAAGAAAGAAGAUUCCACCUAAACAUUAGGAAGAACUUCCUGACAGUAAGAGCUGUUCGACAGUGGAAUUUGCUGCCAAGGAGUGUGGUGGAGUCUCCUUCUUUGGAGGUCUUUAAGCAGAGGCUUGACAACCAUAUGUCAGGAAUGCUCUGAUGGUGUUUCCUGCUUGGCAGGGGGUUGGACUCGAUGGCCCUUGUGGUCUCUUCCAACUCUAUGAUUCUAUGAUUCUAGUCUCAUUUUGUAUAUUUUCCUCCCCCUUUCCCUUGGUGAGAAUUAAUCCUAGCUUUUUCCCUUACUUAUCAACAAAAUCGCAUAUACUUUUCAUAGAAUUUCUUACUGUGCUCAGCUGACUAGGGUUGCCAUAUUUCAAAAAGUGAAAAUCUGGACACAAAAGUGGUUGGAUCUUUUUUUUUUUUGGCAAACCUGCUGUUUUUUAAGGAAAGCUGUUUUUAAUGAAAACUGCCGACACGGGUUGCCAUAUGUCUGGAUUUUCCCAGCUAGUUUUCGCCUGGACAUUGCUUCCGACUGCAGUACUCCAGGUAUGUCCUGGAAAUUCCAGACGUAUGGCAACCCUAGCAUUGACUGCAAUGCUGAACUUGGUUUGAAGGACAUUUUAAGCAUAGGUAACUGCAUAUUGUCUUGCGGCCAUCAUUCUUUGUAAGUAAGUAGAGCUGUGGAGGAGAUGGCACUUGAGUAAUAUCAAAAGAGUCUUCGAAAACAUGCUGCUCCCGCUUUUACUAGCGCAUCUUUGUGGAGCCCGAGGGAGGCUGCCCAACAAUUUCUGACUACAGUGGUACCUCGGGUUAAGAACUUAAUUCAUUCCGGAGGUCCGUUCUUAACCUGAGGUACCAUUUUAGCUAAUGGGGCCUCCCCCUGCCGCCACACAAUUUCUGUUCUCAUUCUGAAGCAAAGUUCUUAACCCGAGGUACUAUUUCUGGGUUAGCGGAGUCUGUAACCUGAAGCGUUUGUAACCCGAGGUACCACUGUACUGUUGAACAGCUCCUUGCAGGACCUCUUACAGUAUAAAGUAGUGUGCUUUCUUCUGUGUUUUCCUUGCACUCAGUCAACAAAAGUACUUAGUGAGGGAGACUAAAAUGGGACUGAUAAACCAGUGCUUCUUAACCUGUUUAGGGACACGAUGUGUCUUUCACAUGUUUGCACUUUGUUCCUUCUUGUUUUUGUUUCUCAACACAUGCUUCUGUUGUCACAUACUAAAAUUAUUUGAAAAGACUGUUGCACAACAUUUCAGGCACUUUCCUAAGCGAGUGGUUGACACAUGGAUAUAGCGUUGCACGUUGUUUGUUUUGUAAUUUUGAAUUCUGUUAAGAAGUUCUAAAGUUAGAUUGCUUGCACUGAAUUUGCCCUUAGCAAAGGGCUUGUUAAUGUAACCAGAGAUGCUGAAGUUUGCUUUAGAAUUUCAGCUGGUGGUUGUUUCUCAGUAACCCUCUUUUCAAGUUAGCCAUAACAGUGUGUUUGACCUUUUUGCUGUAUUUGGGACACUGUGUGAUUAUUUUGAAUGCUGAAAAAUACUGUUUAUGUCAGGAAGAGAGAUAUAUAUUCACUUAGGCCAAUUAGCACAGGCUAGGGACUCCUGAAAGAAUAAUAACUGUAUUGGUUGCAAUCAAAAGUUUUUAAGUGGAUUAAAUCCAUUUAUCAGUGCUGCUGCCUGUUUUCUACCCUGCUUUUAUAGGAUUGAGAAAAACUGAACAGAUGACUCAAGGGGAAACCUUUGCCUUUAUAGAAAUUUAAGAAUAAACAUGUAGAACUGAUAGCAAGGAUUAAGAAUGUGUUAGAUUUCUAAGCAUCUCUUCUGAUAAAAGUAAAAUGUAGCUUUGUACAGUUCAUCCAGUUAGGCAGGCUUUUUUUGCUGGGAAAACAUCAAGAGUUGUGUCAACCAAAAAAACCAAAAACCAAAACAAAACUGCAGUGGGAACGACAGUAUGUUCAUAUCCUGUCCAAAAAAACACAGCUGUUUCCUAAAUGGACUUAAUUGUAACCUGAACUUUUACUUGGCAUGAUUACCAAGUAUAUAUUUUUAUUUUCAGUAUGUAUGACCAACUGCCCUACGCUGAUUGUUAUGGUUGGGCUCCCAGCAAGAGGGAAGACCUACAUCUCAAAGAAAUUGACACGCUACUUAAACUGGAUUGGAGUACCCACAAAAGGUGAUUGCUUUUUUCUUCGUACGUUACAGAUUUUGUUGGGAGUAGGUUGCUUAAAAUUAUUUUGUUAACUUUAAUGUUAUGAUUUUUUUUUUAUAGUGCUAUCUGAGUGCACGACACUUUGGGACACACCUGGGCAAACCAUGUUCAUCUCUUGACUAAUUCCCCUGUGGCCCCCAGCUGAUUCUCUCCUCUCCCCCCCACAUUGAGCUGGUUGACAUUGGGCACAGCUGAGGAGUGCAGCGAUUGGUGUGCUCUUCAGAGGUUUUCAGCACUAAAAAGCUGGGCAGUGGGAGGGAUGUGAUGAAUCCCUGAAAUCCCACCAGGUGCUUUCUUCCCCCAACCCAAUUGUCCAGUUGAUUGGUGCUGGGAAGAUCUGAGGAGUCUCCUGAUUGGACCACUUGCAGAGGGCAUAGCGUGAUAAUCAACAUGUUAGUUUGAGAAGGGAAAGGAAUGAGUUAUUUUCAUAUAACCCAAGAGGACCCAUUCAUCAACAAACAGUUUCAUCUGUUCUGUUUUUAUUUUCCUUAAAUUUUGAACUUGUCAUGCAGCCCAGUCUUAUGAUGACCAUUGAGGGAAAGGGGAACUUCCCUCUCAUUAGUACAGCUUGUCAUAUGGCUGUGUUGCUUAAAAUCAGCCUGGCGAUUUAUGUAUUACUGUCUAAAGUUGAGCUGUUGCUGAUUUACUCUUAGAUGAACAUUAUAUUGACAAGAAUCUAGAAAAUUGCUGAGGUUGCUAGGAAUUGUUAACAUUUGCUACAGGUCUUCAAGUGUUAUGUAUUUUAUUACUUUGUGGAUCCAAAGGUUGCCUUACCUGAAGGCUGAUUCAUACACUCCCGAGUCACAAUAUUAUCCAAACCAGGAUACAAGUUGGUUUAAAAAAACAGAACGUUAUUUACUGUUUUCUUCUGCAAACUCAUUCUGAGUAAAGGCAGCCAGGCUUCAACUAAACUACCAAGACCUUGUGUCAACCCAUUGGUCUACACGCGAAGCCUUUCAUACAGUGGGAAUUCUGAGGGUUGUGAAUCAUGCAGCCUACAGGUGUUAGCCUAUGAGACUCGCAACAUGAGGCUGUUCUCACAGGGCUUGCUCCUAGGUGUGCACACAGGGCUGCAAUCUAAUACAAUGGGAAGCAAGAACCAACAUGCAUUAUCUAGUUGCACUCCUUACAAAACCCUGUAAGGUCAAUAAAUAUUAUUGCCUUCCUAUAUUGCACAUGAUUUGAAGCAGAGAGAUUGUAGCCACCUGUUGAGUAAAUGGCACAGGUGAGAUUGAAACCGGGGUGGGGGUAGGGUUCCUGAUUCAUAGGAUCAGGAUUGAUGCUAUUCUAUGCUACGCUGGCUCAUCUAUACAUCAUAGGAGAAAGCAGAUGUUGCUAAAGCCAAGUUUCUUGAUUUUUUUCCAUGCAGAAUUUAAUGUUGGUCAGUAUCGGCGAGACUUGGUAAAAACAUACAAGUCUUUUGAGUUCUUCCUGCCAGAUAAUGAAGAAGGCCUGAAAAUUCGAAAGUAAGUUUGUAAUGUGUCUUUUUCCUUUUGCUUCACAGUGUUGCUUUGAUCUGCAGGAAUGUUUCGUGUUUUCAGCAUUUGAGGCAGCUGCUACCAGCUCUUAUCAAUUCAAGGAAAGGGACCCUACAAUGGCUCAAAUUAUUGACCAGCCCUAAGGGUUGCGUUCCUCGUACAGAUUAUAAUCUUAGUACUGCUAUACUAGCUAUAUGGUCUGAAAGAAAACUUUUAACUUGUUUCUACAUUUUUAAAGUGUGUGUCUUGGAUGCCUGUGUAAAAUAGGUUAAUUGAUUCCGAAAUUUUGUAUUUUGCUUUUAAGCUUGCUGUAGACAACGUAAGUGCCAUGUAUAUUUAAUGAUGCAAUUUUUUCAGGAAUAUAAUUGUUAUAUUAUCUCUUCUUUUUAAGACAGUGUGCCUUAGCAGCACUGAAUGAUGUUCGGCGAUACCUUUGUGAAGAAAAUGGGCAUGUGGCAGUAAGUGUUUCUCUCACCUCUUUGCAAAAAACAACACCCCAAACCAUUAACUAGCUGCAUUUUCUGACAUUAGUUACUGACACCACCGUUCUAAAUGCAAAAUUAAUAUUGCAAUAUUGUUCAGAGCAGUGUGGGUUUAAUUAUUGAUUCCAUACUAGAUGGAGAUUAGGAUGACAUGUUUAUGAAUUAUACUGGAAAGGUGUGGAAGAGAGGUUAUGAGAACCUCUUCUCAUAAAUUCUGCUUUUGGAAGCAUCUCUCCUGUUUGAAAUAUGAUGUUAAGUUUCUGGUGCAGUAAAUGUUCAACAGAAUUUGCAGUGUUUCCAUUUUUCUCCUCUUCUUGCUUUUUGAAUUCCAGUGAGACGUGUAGUGUACAGUUUGUGCUGCAUAGAGUUUGUGAUGUUGACAUAGACCUUGCAUGAUUUUUCUAAGAACAGAAAGAAAUGAUAACCCAGUAGCCAUCCUUGACCCUCAUUCAUGCAGCUGAUUCCCCCUCCCUUCCUGUUGAUGUGCCUUUUGCUACUUACUGGUUUCCUUAUUUUAAUCUUUAAAAUUGCCCCUCAGUUUUCUAGCCUGUAAUGUUUGUUUGCAUGGCUUUGUUGGUGUUACACAAGGACAACAAUGAAAUGUGUGGGAAGGCAUAGCAUACCAGGAAAGAAGAAGAAUUCCCCACAUAUUUCAUACUUACCAUUCUUCAUUGUUCAGAAAUGAUCGGUUCCAGUCCACUCACAUAAUAGCAGUUUUCAAAAGCUUUAAAUCCAGCUCUCAAAUGCUAUGAAUCAAACCUUAGUCAAACCCACUGGAAGUUCUUAAUUGUCUAGUCCAACAUUUGUGAUCUCCUGGCAAAUGACCUGAACUGUGAGGACUAAAUGAUAAACCUGAUUUGAUGUCUCAGUAUAUACUUGUGGUUAGUGGUACAAAACUGUUGAGUUUAUUGCACAAAACAACAAAAAGCGAGCAUGAAUUUUUUGGGGGAAGGGAUACCAAAUUUGGGGAUUUGCGUUGGGCUAUUUGGACUGCCUCCUAUCCUUGUUCCAUGAAGUGAACCAAGAAUAAACUUUGUACCUCUGUGUUUAAACAUGUAUACUUCACAGAGCCAGUAACAUGAAUUUGCUAAGUGCCUGUAUUUCAUUUUUACAGGUACAUGUAAAAAGUUUGGUGGGGAAAGAGUAGUUUGUGACAAAUCUGUUCUCUUUGGUUGCUGUUACAUGAGAUCUACUCCUUCCGGGUUGUACCUGUAUAUUUUCUAAUAUAGCAUUUAUUUUUCCUUUAGGUUUUUGAUGCCACAAACACAACAAGGGAACGCAGAGAAACCAUCUAUAAGUUUGGGGAGGAAAAUGGGUAUAAGGUGAGUUAAGAGCCAAGAUGUUUGAAAUGGCUCGUAUGGGGGAGUACAGACUGAUGCUUUGUUCUCAAUACAUGAUAGUUAAGAGAUGGCAUUGACUGGAACUUCAUGUGAUAUUUGCCAGCAGCAGUCUUGUGGAAUAAGUAUCGCCUUCAUUAAACCAUCCUAAUUGCAGCUCCUAACGUGUAGUUAAUCAGUAGCCCUGUUUGCUCACAAUGGGUCCUAGCAACUACUGUGCUAAUGGUUACUGCCACUGACUGGGAGACAGGAUUCUGAGACCCUGUUCUAGGAUUUCAGACGGUGGGCUGGAAUAAACUGUCUUUCUCCUUAGCAUAUAAUAGUUGUCUUAUUAGCAUUUAACUCCCUUGUCAGUACAGCUUCUCUGUGGGUGGAUUGCUUUAUGGGGAAGCAUGCAGUUGCAAUGCAGGUAGCGGGAUGAAACUGCAGGGCUGCCUUCCCAACACAGGGGCCUCUUCUCCUUACCUUGACAGAGCUGGGUUGGGGUAGUAAUGGGGUUGAGGCUGUGCAACACCCACCCCACCCAUGGUGCUUCCACUGGUGCUUCUGCUUUGUCCAGUGAAGCAACAAUGAUGCCAGUAUUCCAAAGGGCAUCUCUGUGACUCUGCCUCACCCCACACCCCACUACUGGGGCCUGUAUUCUUUGUUCAUCCUCCCAAAGACACCUUGCAUAGAGUUCAUCUCAAAAGCAUCUAUGUUUGUUAACAGUUUGUAAUACUGCAGAUAAGUAUUCUGUAUUUAUACUUUUUUAUUUGCUGGUAGGAACGGCCUUUUUAUACACCUCUUACUUUCUGUGUCUGUUUUGUCUUUGCUGCUGGCAAAUCAACAGUGCUGCUUCUUCAUCACAGCAGACUUCACUGACAGAGAAGUAGUAUGGUGUGUCAACACCCCAGGCUUCUACUUUGUGCUGCAAUUUUGGAAAGAAGCUGUACUUUUUGAUCAGAGGUUAUGUCAGGCUACAGUAAGGCUUCGCUACUGUGCCUUAGGCUCUAAGCCAGUGUGCCGCCUGACUCCCUUUCAAUGACUUGCCCUCUUAAUUUGCAACUGCUUCAUUAACACUAUGCUGUUUGGAGGUGCCCAAAAGUAACAGGGGAAAUGCAUAAAGUUUGAUCUCUGAUGGGAUGUUCAGCAGAAGGCGUAUUUAAAGGCAAAACAUAGUUUGCAAGACUAAAUAUUCUGCUGACUACACAAGCCUGCAUUUGCAGUAUUAGCCACUGGAUCUGUUCUAACCCUUUCCCUCUUUUGUCACUUCCAUAAUUGUUUGUUCCUGUUUGGCUCAAAGACUUUCUUCGUGGAGUCAGUAUGUGUUGAUCCAGAAGUCAUUGCUGCAAAUAUUGUGGUGAGUAUCAACUUCUGCUUUUAAAAGAAGGAAAAGGUUUUAUGUCUCAACAUAAUUUCCAAAAUCAGCCACAUGGUACAGCUGCUUCUUUUUACCCUUCUCCAUUUUACCUACUUUUAUACAGUCGUUUGGAUUUAUGGAUUGCACACAAUCUGUUUCUGCAAUUUUCUGUUGAAUAUUGCAAUUGAAGGCAUUUGGCCCACAAUGCAUCCUGCAUUCCGCUUCCUGGCAAAUCUUGGACAUUAUUAGAUGCAAGGCUUUGUCAGAAUUGCUUUGAACAAAAUCUCUUGCAAUGUCCACUCCAGUUUCUUCAUAAUCAUCAUCUUUUUUUUAAAGGAAGUUUCAAGAUACGUUUUAGUUGAAAAAACCUAGCUUACAAGCAGGCAACCAUUUUUUCCUUGCAAUACAGGUUACACGUGAUGUUUGCUGUUGUGCAAAUUUGUUAUCUUAGCUGCUAUUAGACCAUAUUGGAGUACUGGUCCAUCCAGCUACGUAUUAUCCACACCGACAGGCAGCCUGUUCCCAAGGUUUCCAGCAAAAGUAUUUCCCUGUCCUACCUGGUGAUGCCAAGGAUUGAACUUGGAUCAGGCCAGUGGGCUAUCUAGUCUAGCAUUCGGUUAUCACUGUGGUCAAGCAAAUGCCUGCAGGAAGCCUUCAAGCAGGACCUAAGCUCAUUAGCACUCUCCACAUCUGUGGUGUCUGGUAUUCAGAAGCAUACUGCCUCUUGACAGUGGAAGUCAAACAUGGCGGUCAGUGUUUGUAGCCAUGAUCGCCUCUAUGAAUUUGUCUAAUCCUCUCUUAAGGAUGAUGACCAGCACUGCCUCUUGUAGGAACAAAUUCCAUAGUUUAACUAUCUUCUGUGUGAAGAAAUACUUCCAUUUGUCUCUCCUAAGUCAUCUGACAUCAGUAUCAUUGGAUGUUGCAGCCUUCUGGUGUUAUGAGAGAGGGAGAAGAACUUUUGUUUAUUCACUGCCUCCACACUAUAUCCAUACACCUUGUACACUUCUAUCAUGUCACUCCUGACUUCUCUCUUUCUAAACUGAAAACCCUUAAAUUUUAUUGUAUAUUGUUAACUGCUGAUUUUAUUUAUGUUUUGUAAAAAGAAUAGGAUAACUUAACACUGACUUUUAUUGAUGCUUUAAUUUUAUGUUUUAUGCUUAGAACAGGUUUUUUUUAAUAGAUAAGUGGUAUACAAAUUUCAUUAAAUAAACAAGAGUAAUUUUUUUAAAAUAAAAAAGAACCCCAUACUUUCUUUCUCAAUCAGCAAGUGAAGCUGGGAAGUCCUGAUUAUGUUGACUGCGGUAGCGAUGAAGCUGCAGAAGACUUCAUGAAAAGAAUUGAGUGUUACAAGAAUUCAUAUGAGACGCUAGAUGAAAAUCUAGACAAGUAAGUCUCCGUGUUGCUUUGUUUACCUUCAGAAACUUAAUUCUGCCUAUGUGUGGCUUAAUUCUCACUGGUGUGAUUAAAUCUAUGCCUAUUUGAGAUUUUCCGCUUCAGAUUGCAGGUGGGGAUCACUCGAUUUGAAUUCUCAUCCAUGCAUAAAAAAAUCAUUAGUUGUACUUGGAAAACUAGGAGGGGAAAAUAAUCUAGUCCAGCUUUCUUCUUGACAUUUUAGUUUUCUACAUGUAGGGAUAUAUUUUUCCAUGGGGAAGCACAUAGGAGCCCAGUUCUGCAGCCUUAAAGUGCUGCCAAGACACAGGUUUAUCCCCUCACUGGAAUAAAAAAAUAGAGAGACAGGCACCUCCUAACAACCUUAUGCUUACCAUGGAAAGUCACCUAUGUCCUGUUGGUCCAGAUUGUGGAGAUCACACAAUAAUAAUGAUUUUACACCCACACCCACACCCCUAUUGCUGUCUAGCGGCAACAGGAAGCAUUCCUCAGUACCAGGAAAAAUAUACAAAGUGUCCAUACCGGACUUACUAUCAUUUCACUGAAAUUGCUUAGAAGUUGCUUGCACAGUUGCCCAAUAACCUUCUUUCUAGGAGGGUUAGAACCUUAAAAAAAAAAAUGAAUGAAUGAAUGAAUGAAUGAAAACUCGAGAGUUUUGGGUACCAGUGAAUGCCUUCACGUUUGCCAUGGUGCCUGUGGCUGCUUGGUGGGCAACCUAUGCCCUAAUAGAAGUAAAAUUUCCACACACACACUUUCAAUGAGGACUGGGGAUGCUAAAUGGGCACAGAAUGCUGACUGACUGUUGAAGGGUGGGGAAUUAUUAUUUAUUAUUAUUUAUUACAUUUAUAUACCGUCUAUACCCGCUGGUAUCUCCUGCAAAAGGGCAUGGCUGCCUGACUACCUCCACCACUAUAACCAGGAACACCAUACGUUGCUGCUGGUCCUGCUUGCCUUAACUAAUGGCAUGUUAUCGGGAUUGGAUAGUUCUUCCCAUGUGUAAAAGCCAUUUACUUGGGCUUAGUCCCAAGAGAAAUUAUGUUAGGGUAUAAUUGCGUACUACCCAACUUCCCCUUGCUAGUUGUUCUGGGGAAGUUGUUCCCAUCAUAUUCUAGCACAUGGUAAAAACAACCCCUUAUUUCUGGUGCCUUUGGAGGAGAUAAAUGAAGCACUGGUCUGAAUAUUGUAGUUUUUACAUAUAGUUUUGUCUCUUACCGUGAAUAGGGAUCUUUCUUAUAUUAAAAUAAUGGAUGUUGGACGGAGUUACCUCGUGAACCGAGUCAUGGACCACAUUCAGAGUCGGAUUGUUUACUACCUCAUGAAUAUCCAUGUAACUCCUCGCUCCAUCUACCUCUGUCGGCAUGGUGAAAGUGAACUCAACCUAAAGGGAAGAAUAGGAGGAGACACCGGGCUGUCUCAUAGAGGGAAAAAGGUAGGGAUUGUAAUGUCUAAUGUAGGGAUUCUUUUUCCUUUCUUACCUUCAACCAAUUUAUAUUUAGACCAGCUUUCCCCUACAGGUGCCUCUUUUGGACUAUUAUUUCCAUCAGCUCCAGCCAGGACAACCAUGAUGGCUGGGGCUGAUGGGAAUUGUAACCCAAAGCUCCUGGAGGAAGACACCAGGUUUGGGAGGGCUGACCCCAGACUGUAUUUUAAAAUUUAAUUUUAACUGGUUAAACUUGUUUUGUGAGCAGGAUUCCCCCUGGCUGCCUCCUUCCUUCUGUAGCCCCCUGUAUCCUGUGAAAAACCACUACUCAAAGUCAGAAGACCCUCAAGAAUGGUGUCCAAUGUGACAUAGAAGUGCAGGGGAUGGGGGGCGCAGUGAGAAGGGAAGACUGGUAUAGAUUAGGGAAUGUCCCGCCCCUUUUGCACAAGUGGGAAGUGUAUGGUAGUUGGAGAAGUGCUCAAUUGGACCCAAGCUAAAGAAUAGCAAAGAAAAGCUGAAUAUCCGCUAUGGCCCUCAUUUCACAGGCCAACAGACUUUGUUUUGUUGAAGGCAUACACGGAGCCUUUUUGAAAGACACCCAUUACCUCAUGGUCAGAGAAUUAGGUCCUAUUGGCAUCUAACUCGACUGGAGUGCUUCAGCUGCAAUUUCUUCAUGACAUUAUUAUUUGACGUGCUUUUACAGUUUGCCAAGAGUUUGGCACAGUUCAUUAACGAGCAAAACAGCAAAGAUCUGAAAGUAUGGACGAGCCAGAUGAAAAGGACCAUUCAGACUGCAGAGGCUUUGGGAGUGCCUUACGAACAGUGGAAAGUUCUGAAUGAAAUAGAUGCGGUAAGAUCAUCUCGUGGUCACAUCUGAAAUGGUUUUGAAUUUGUAUGAUGGAAAGAGACUUACUUUAUGAUGCAUCAGUAGGAGUUCUCCAGUGUGUGUUAGAUUGCAAGUCUGCAGGGACUUGUUUUCAUAAUUUAUAGGUUGAGUGGCACCUAGCUAUACAUAUGCAUUAUAAAACAGUAAUUGCAUUUGUCAUCAUUAUUAGGAUUAGAAUGUAAUAAUGAUUAGAUUCAUGUUAGUCCACCAUCCUUGAGAAGUCCUUCAAGCCUUUACAGUGGUACCUCUGGUUGCGAACGCUUCUGGUUGCACACGCUCUGAGUUACGAGCUCCGCUAACCCGGAAGUAGCUGCUCCUGGUUGCGACCUUUGCCUAAGGAUGUGAGCGAAAAUCGUGCGCCAGAGGCGUGAGCGCAGCGGGACACGCCAUUGCUGAAAGCGCGCCUCAGGAUAAGAAUGCCGGUUUCCGGUUACGAACGGACCUCCGGAACGGAUUCAGUUCGUAACCAGAGGUACCACUGUAUCUCACUUUGGUACUGGGCUUUAUUAGUUCAAUUAGAUCUGCAUUGUAUUUCUCAUUGAAGCAUCACUCACAACUUACUUCAGGGUAUUUUUAAGUGAAAUCAUUGAUCAGCUCACAUCCUCAAAGUUCUAAAUGAAGAACACCAUGCUCCCCAUCCUGCAAUUCAAAAUGCAUUGGGAGUGUGCAGUGAGGAAAGUGUGCAGAGUAUAUGAUCUGUAUUAUCUCCGGCAAAAAAAGAAGGAAAGGGACAUGAAAAUAGUGUGUCUUCUCUUCUUGCAGCUUUUGCCGCAAGGAUAGCUGGCAGGACUGUGUAGAUUGUACAAGUAACCCAAGCACUUGCUUCAGGUAGCAAGACGCUUAAGACGGCAUGGCAGUGAAGUCUCAGUAAAACCCAGGAUUUUUGCAACACCAUAAAAGUGUGUUAUACAAUGCACACCUUCAGGGGGAGGGGAUGUCGCAAGCACUGUUUAAAUGUAUAUUACGUUGUAAACUCCAGUGCCCUUAUGGAAUUGGCAGUAGUUGUAAUAGUAAUAAAAAUACUUCCAUAGUUCUUUUUGAAAAUCCAGACCACUUACAUAUAGUGUUUUUAUAGUGCUUUCUACAACCUAUGUAGUCAACAUAAGUCAAUACUGUUCUUCCCAUAUAGUAGAGGAGAUGGGUGUCUGAUGUUGGGAGUGUCUUAUGUCAGAUGAGCAACCUCUGUAAACAGCGCAGUCUUUUAGCCAUAAACCUACACUAAUUCUCAUGUUUUCGUUGUUUUCCUAGGGAGUCUGUGAAGAAAUGACAUAUGAAGAAAUUCAGGAACAUUAUCCAUUAGAAUUUGCUUUGAGAGACCAGGACAAAUACAGAUAUAGAUAUCCUAAGGGGGAGGUAUGCUAUUUUGUUAUAUUUUCUCUUCUUGGAUGAGAAGUGUGUAAGAAUACCUAGCAGCAAGUGGGAUGCUAAGUGCAAUGUUUAAAGGGGGGAGGGGGAGCUUUUGAGGUAAAGGGGAAAAGCGAUUUUUUCAUACUAGCUCUACAAAAGUCUUUCGGCAGAUUUCCCUCCAUAAUAUCUAUCUCUAUCUCAAGUUCUCACUUGUAUACACAUGUGUUAAGCAUAGCAGUUUGUUUUAUGUUCAUUGCGGUAUACCUUUUUGUUUCAAAGGGUUUUUUUUUUUUUUGUUAAACUGAAAUACCUUUUUAACCAUUCAAAGUUGUAGGCAGUGCGGAUGAAAAUAUUGAGCCGGGCCCACCACCUUUCAUGUAUUCCUUGAAUGUAUGGAGAAAUAAUUUCUGAGGGGGGCUAAAAUAAACUCAUAUGGUUGAAGCAGAGUUAAUUCUGCAUCAGGUGGUCCAGUCUUCUACAUACUUGCAUUAGAGGUCAAGCGUUAAGCUGUGCUUGGAACAGCUGUUCCAAUAUUUGUAAUAUGUGCAACAUGCCUUAUCGUUAGCUGAGUGUUCCACCUCCCAUGAGUUGGCUGUGUGAUCACCAGAACAGUGCUGGGUCCCAGGUGGCCAUUAUUUGUAGCACAUUGAAGCAGCCAUGUCAUAAUAGAGAAAGCUUUCUAGAGUUGUUUGCUAACCUUUCAGAAAAAAGAAAUGGGUUUUUUGUUUGUGUUAGCGGCCGUGCACCCAUGCUUAAUGGCUAAUCUUUGGUGUUCUUAGCUGUAAUUUGUUCAUGCAUUCAUAGAAGUAGCAAAGGUGAAUUACUGACUAAGAGUUUCAGGGUGGUUAGGCCCCAAGAAGUGCUAGUUUUCAUUAAUAUUUACAAAGUAAACGUAUCAUUACAAAAUGAGUCAUUAGAUCAAAUCUUGAUAUCUAACAACUUAACUAAACAUGUUCUGAGUCCAAUUUACAAACUGGCAGCAAAUUUAGAUACCUUGGGUAAUUUGUAUAAAUCAGGUAAUUUGUAUUAAUCAAAAUGGGAAAAAGGUUUAAUAAAGAUAAUCCUUUCAGCAUGGGAUUAGCUGUUUGCCUUGUACACAACAAUGAAAGAGAAUUUCUAUAGACAGAUGUUCAGGUACUAUUUGAUACCACAAAUAUGUACAAACAGAGGUAAAUGUUGAAGGUUUAACUAAUACGGUGAAUAUGUAUCAUAUUUUUGGUCAUACCCCCAGAUCAAGUGAUAAUUGGGUUUUCAUCAUAAGGGAAAUAACAAAAUUACAGUUUUUGAUUUGCAGUGGACCUACUGGUUAUCUUAUUAGGUUUAUAAAAGGCAAACUAUUAUGGAGAUCUUUAACAGCAGCAGGACUCUGUCGGUCACAAAAUGGAUAAACCUUCCUUUAUAUAGAAGACUCUGGUGCUUGAGAGCAUUCAAUAUGGCUUACUCAAUUAAGCUUACAAACAUGAUGGAAAUCAGAGAAGGGAGACAGCAAAGUUACAAAUUUAUUAAGUAGAGCUUUUUAAAUGAAAUGAAAUAAAAUGGGAAUGAUUAAGUAUAUGAUACAGCUUAACCACACUCACUUUGGUACUGAUUUCUGUGAUGGUGCAUUCUUUCAAGAUAAAUUGGUUUAAAUUUAGUGUUUUGUCUUGUACGUGUGUAUGCACACUUAUCUGCAGAACAUCUUAUUAUGUUUUGUCUAUAAUGGACAGCUCUUUGUUUGCUCUGUGUAUACAGUCAAGAGGUUGAUUAUAUUGUUGAUUUCUCCCCCAGUCAUACGAAGAUCUUGUUCAAAGGUUGGAGCCAGUGAUUAUGGAGUUGGAAAGGCAGGAAAAUGUGCUUGUAAUCUGUCACCAAGCUGUUAUGCGCUGUCUGCUUGCUUACUUUCUGGACAAGCCUGCAGGUAAUUAUAUUUGCCUUAACAUGGAGAAUUUUCACCUUGGUCAAUCAAUAACAAUUUCGUCCAACAAUUAUUUCAUGUGCAUCCUAAAUGAGCAGGAAAAAUGCUGCUCUUCAUGACUCAUGUCAGACUUACAUUUUCACCUGUGCAUGGGUCAAAUGCUUCUUUAAUCAACACUUGCUUUUCUGGGAUAUCAGCAUUGCUUUUGUGAACCUCCUAUGCUCUAAGAUCAUCUAGGGAAGACACUCUCUGGGUUUUUCAGCCUUCUGUUGUCAGGGCAGGGGAGAUCUGUUCCACCCCAUCCCUGUCCCAUAAUGGUGCUCCACCUGUGGAAUACCCUCCUUAAAUCUGUGUUCCUGAAGCCUGUAGUUAGGAGCUUUUAUUCAGGAGUUUAAAUUCUGGGUGCUUUUUAUUAUGGCAACUUCUGGAAUUUUGGAUAUCUGAGUUCUCAAAGGAUUUGUUGCCAAGAGACGGCAUGGCUGUAUCAUGCCUGUUUGUUUUUAUGAUGGAAGUUGCUUCAGUUUUCUUUGAGAUAGGAUAAAACUAUAUUGAAUAAAUAAAUAAGGGAUCCCCAACCUUUUGGACUCAGGGGAACAUUUGGAAAUCUAACAAGCUAUCACAGGUACCACAAAAUUCUUCAGUUUCACAGAAGAAGAAAACAACAACCUGAUAAUCAAAAGGGCAAAUAACACAAAUUGCCCCAUGGACAAAACAAGCAGGAAAUAUCUUCCAAAAAAUAAGCACUGCCGCCCCCCCCCCGCCACAAGCAAGCAAGCAGCAGCAAGAUAUACACACUGAGAGACAAUUAAACAAAAUGCAAGCGGUGGCAGAAGCCCUUUAUUUCCUUUCUUUUCUGUUGUGUUUUGGGGAUGGGGCACAGGAAGGUUAGGCACCAUCCUCUGAGAGUCCCCACACUCUUUUCUUUGUCUUCCAAUGAAGAAUGCAUAUGUGGGGCCCAGAGGCUUUCUGGGAAACAAAAAGGAAGCAGGCAGAGCAGCUGGAGACCUACACAUCUCUUCCUUUGCAGCACAACCACUGCUAAAUGUGGUUUGAGAGAGAGAGAGACUUUCAAGAAAAGCUGUAUUUCCCCCCCCCCCCCAAAAAAUAUAUAUUUGUGAGUGGCUUGGAGCCCCGGUAGACACAAAGUAAAAUGUCUAGGGGUACUAUGGCAAGUGCAGGUGCCAUGUUGGGGACCACUUCCAUUGCUGCACUAACAUGGUUAGUGGUUUGGAAGAGGGGCAUUUCUGUUACUCUCUAUUAAGUUUAUUUUCUCUCCAUCUGUUUUAGAACAACUGCCUUAUCUCAAGUGCCCACUGCAUACUGUCUUAAAGCUAACCCCAGUGGCUUAUGGUAAGCUGUUCAAAAUGUAUUCUAUGAAUCUGUUUGUAUUUCAGCUAUUAACUGUACAGUGGACGCUCGGGUUGCGAACGUGAUCCGUGCAGGAGGCACGUUCGCAACCCGCAGUUUUCACAACCUGCAGCGGCAUGUCUGCGCACGUGCGGGUUGCGAUUCGGCGCUUCUGCGCAUGCGUGACCGCCCAAACCCGGAAGUAACCCGUUCUGGUACUUCUGGGUUUCGGCGCGUCCAUAACCCGAAAAAAUGCAACCUGAAGCGUCUGUAACCUGAGGUAUGACUGUAAUUAUUAUGGAAAACAUCACAUUUGUUGAUGGCAGGUAUCCAAUAGUUUAAAGUUAUUUGUAUAUCAAAAGGAAUUGUUCACUUUUUUAAUAAAGUUACCAGAAAGUCCAUGACAGUGUUUCAUAGCACCAUCCUACGCAUGCCUACUCAGAUGUAAGCCCUAUUGAAUUCAGAGAGAUUUACUCUCACGUUAGUGUGCAUAGGGUUGCACAUUGCAGAUUGUAAAUGUGCAGGUCAUCAUUGGGAUUUGAUUGCUUAGUUAAUCAUCCUGUUAAAAUUAAAUUUAUUCUUUUUGUCUCUGUUCUUCUUGAGUCUUCAGAUUGGGGCAGGCUAGGAAUUUACAUGAAACAGAUUGGCAAUAAAAUGUAGUGUGGUGGUGUUAAGGAUGCCAGCAAACCAUGCUCUCUUUGGGGAAACACAAUUCCAUGUCCCUCCGUCCCAAAUUUCAGUCUUCCCCUGCCUAGCAGACAAGUCAGCAUUCUAUGUCCUGUCCUCAUUGGGCUGUUUGGGGGAGAUUUCCCCAUUGUUUUGUGUGGUUUUUCUCUGUACCUGUACGAACCCUGCUGCUACCACCUCCUUGUGUGUAGAUGAUGCCAUUUUGACUAAAGGGUAUACACUAGGGCAUUGAGUUUAUUAUUGGUGUGUGAAGGAUAAAAAUUAGAACUCAUGCUGUUGAUGUAUUUGUAAGUUGACGUCACUGUUGUGUGUGAAAUGCUUGCCCUAUGAACUGAUUUAAUCUUAAGUAUUAUCUUCCGUUUCCUUUUGCCCAUUAUAAAAUUUCUGAAGCAGCAUAAGCUUUGGCUUCCUUUUCCUUUUCUGAUCUCAAGCCUGAGAGAGUUUGAAUCCUGAAUUUUGAAAUUCUAGCUGGUUCAACUAAAGUACAUUGGUUACCAUUCACUGUGUUCUUGUUCUUUGUAGCUGGAGUGGAGCACUCUUUUAAUAUGUGGUUGUUCUUUUAAGCAAACAGAAGUCUGUAGUGACAUCUAGUGUCCAAAAUAAAUUGUGAAUUGCAAAUUCAUUUUGUAUCUUAAUGCUUUUGUAUCUUAAGUCAUACUCUUGAGUAGAUCCAUUAGUUUCAAUGGGCUUAGUCAUUACUGACUUUUAAAGUAUUAUCAUUCCCAAUGUGGAGAUGGAAACAAGAACGGAUUUUACAGUGAUGGCGGCUCCCAAAACAAGGAAGACAAACAUCUGAAAGUUUACUUCUGUUUACAGGUUGCAAGGUGGAGUCUAUAUUUCUGAAUGUUGAAGCUGUAAAUACGCACAGAGACAAACCACAGGUAGGUGUCUUCUACUGUCACAAAUGAGAAUUUGCAACUCUGCAGGCGGAAUGGUGGUGGUGAUGGAGACUGGUUUAAAGUUGAAUAACUGGGAACAAGAAAGAAAAGCAGGGAAAGAGUUAAGCACUCUCUCCUGCCCCAGUUUUCCAUUCCUAAAGGCUAUUGUGGGAAUAUUGUAGGUACCUGUGCUUUGAUAUCUAGCUUCACCUUUGGAGUAUAGGUUUGUACACAACCAAGUAUGUAAGUGUGUAUUAUAUUAUAUUAUUAUAUUAUAUUAUAUUAUAUUAUAUUAUAUUAUAUCAUAUUAUAUUGCAAAGUAUGCUGCUAUUCUCUCAUAUUUAAUGCCCUGCAGGCAUGUUACCGCAACCUUUGUUGCAGCCCCUUCUUCUUUUUCCCACCCUUUUUCUUGCAUUAUGCCUUAUUUAGGCCACUCUGACUAUUUUCACACAUUAUUGAAGCAGCCUCAUUAAUGCCAGAUACCCAAAUUGUGUGGGUGCUUCUCCGUGGCUAGCUGCCUGUGUGGAUGUGAAGGAGAGCUCGGACCAGUUUUCUUUGUACUUUUGUUUUGUUUGAUUUUGACUUUACGCUUUGCUCUUCAUUUUAGAAGGAAGCCUCCCACUGAAUUCUCUGGCAUGCUGAAAGUUGGGAUGACUGUACUUAUUAAGAGGCUACUAGCUGUGUGGGGAGGUGUCUACAUGAUUUGCCAAUCAAGAGAGCCAUGUAUCCCCCUCCCCCCGUCUCUCAUGUAUGCACUAGGCCUGGGUGAUGAAUCAAUACAUUGGCCAGGACUGUUUUGAGGGCCAGAGCACGAUGGUGCCUUCAUCUUGGUGAUAUAUCGCUGGUGAAACCCUUGCCGCUCUUGAGUCAGGAUAACAAGAAUGUGCUGGUCAUGCCUGUUGAUGUUAUUGGAUUCAAGUAUGACAAAAUGGUGCAUAUUUAUAGCCCAAGUUAUGAGGUCAAACAAAAGUACAACCUGCACAGGAUAAAUGGCCUGCUCAAGUAUGAAGUCGGGCCUCUUAUAUCUUGUCGCUCUUACAUGUGUGGGUUUGGUGAACAUUAGAAUAAAAAUCAAGGGCUAUGUAUAAUGCAUUGCAAGAUAUAUUUAUGUAGACUGAACCAGUGGUAUUUAUUCUGCAAGUUUUUUAAUAAGUCCCUUGAGAAACAGUAACCAAAGUGAGCUAGUAUAGUGUCAUUGGUUUGAAUGGCCUGGGGUGAUGAUAAGAUUGGAAGCUCCCAAACAUGUCAUUAUUUCUACUAGAGAAUUAGCACACAAAUGCCUAAUUAUAUACCAUUAAAAAUAGAGGAAAAUGUGCUAUGUUUGCUCCUUUGUGAUGCUAGAAAAUGACCAGAUCUUCAUUAUAUACCUAUUUUUUUGUGAUGUCAUCACCUUCUGCACAUGGUCUCUGACUUAUUGAGGAGAAAUGAAAUAGAACAAGAGGUCAUGUGCAGUGGCGCACACAACAGUCAUUUAAUUUGAGCAUUUUUUAAAAUGAAGCUUGUAGUGGAUUUUGGAACUUCAGAUAAAUGCUCUGCAAAACAAAGGAAAUUGUUUUAUUCUCUGACAACUCAUCAUCUUCAUGCCUGCUUUACUUGCAUUUCAUGGAAUCUUCUCUCCUUCAUGACAACAUUAUGACACUCUCUAACUGCACAAUGCUUUCAUAAUACAGCGUAUGUCAUCUGAGUGAAUUUGGCAGCUAAUUAUACGACUCCACUUUGGGGAAAUAACAGUGCCUCAAUUGUGACAGUCUGUAGCCUUGUAUUCAGGUGAUGCUAUGGUGAGCAGUGAUGCAGAGCAGAUAGCAAGCUGUUCAAUGAAAGCCCUAAAAACUGCCACGAUUAGGAAUUGUGCUGCAGUUGUGCUGCCACCCAAUUGUUUGCUUAACUCAAGACAGUAUUUUCAUUGCGUUAAGUCGCUCUGUUGGAUCUGAAUGCUGUGUGUUUUUAGCAGCUUUAACAGUGUUGCCUUACUCUUUUGAUCAAGGAGUGUUUCACAAAUGACUCAUCCAUGGCCACUUGGUUGGUAGGCAGCUGUUAACGGUUUCCAUUUAAACUGUGUGUGAAUAAAAAGGUGAGAGAGAAGCUUUUCUGGACAUGCUGAAGCGUUUAAGAAACGCUCGUUCUGUAAAAUGUGCAAGUCCUUGAAAGGCUACCAUGUGUAUGUUUGUUUGUUUGUUUGUUUGUUUGUUUGGGUUGGUUGAUGCAGCGGCACAAUACCAGCAUUCAGUUCUGAUCUGGCUUCAUGGUGCAUAAUUGUGUGAAACUGCAGGAAGAACAGAACCUGGAUGAAAACAUUAGAAUAUAUUUUUGAGAUUUAGGAUUGGUUUCUGUCAGCUGCUCAGUGUCUCAUAGGUUUGAGUUGCAGGGUCUCUGGCUCAUCGUAAAGGAACAUAUUUUGGUUACUGUAGGUAUCCUCUUGACAGUGAUAAGAUUGUCCUUUAGGAUUGAGCAGUAACUCUAUUUUUAGUGAAGUUUCAUGGGAGAUUUUUUACCAUGUUCUUGCCAUCAUAUUCUUGAUUAUGGUAAAAUGAUACUGGAUAUCAAAUGAAUCAAAACAGCCACUAAGACUUUUUUCCAAGGCUGCUCACAAUUUUAGCCAGCCCUGGCUGCCAAAUUCCUGUUUUACAAUGUUUGGAUACUGAAAGUAAGUAGUUAUUGUAAGCGGCACAGUUUUGGGUAGCAGGUUUAACGAUGUUUUGUCACAAUAAGAAUACAAGCCGGCCAUAUACAUGUCUUCCAAUAUUACUAGCCAACCUGUGUACACACACAGGGGUGCAGUUCCCUACUCACAUAGUUGGGAGUAAAUCCCAUAGAACACAGUUUCACCUGUUUCUUAGGAUUGAUUGCCCAUAAAAGCAAGCCCGAGAGUAAAAAACUAUGGUAAUGCCAGCACGUUUCAGGAACCCUCUUUGUUGUGAGUUAUUUUGGGGUUAGUCUGAAAGUUUGUUUGGGCCAUGGAUGAGAGCCAGGAGGCUGAGAGGUGUUGUAGAAGGUGAAUAUGCUGUCUGUAAAUAUUUAUUAGUAAUUUCUGUGAACUGUUUCAUAUGAGGGUUCCCCCUUUCUGUAGACUGCUUAAAGGUCUUUUUAUAUAUUCAGGAGUAAGGAAGUGCUCUAAAGGAAAUGAAUAAAUAAAAUGUGCUGCUUAUUUUUCCCCUCUUAGCCUUCCUGGUUAUCAGUGGAGAGAAAGGAGAGAGAUGUGAAAAGUAGUGAUGAUAUUCAUUAGCCGCAGACAGUUCCUGUGAUUAGAUACUCAUUUGGGCUAGUGAGUGAAUAAGAGAGAGAGUGUGCCCUCAUCCAGGUGGUGGCCUAGUCCUCAUUUCUCCCGCUCCACUUCCUGCUUCUCAGCCAUGUUUGUUGUUUUUCUGUUUUGCAUUAAUCAGGACUGUUAUGGCAAGCACAGGUAGUGUUAUCCCAAAGGGAAACUUUUCCUUCUUCUUCUUUAUCCACAAUUGAAGAGUUCCCAAGUUCCCAGGGUGGGUUCAGGCACUGCUAGCAUAAGCCUAAAGCAAGGGAGAUUGACAUGUUGUUGGACUACAAGUUGCAUCAUCCCUGACCAUUGGCUGUCCUGGCUGGGGCUGAUGGGAUUUGGAGUCCAACAGCCUCUGGAAGGCAGUGCAUUGACAACCCUUGCCUUAAAGGUUCUGAGAAGGCAACGGAUAGUGUUCUGUUCUUCUGUCGUUUGUUCUGAACCCAUUUGUUCGGAGGUUUCUAGUACCUAAGUUCACAGCAUUUUGUGCUCCUGAUACAUAAAUACUGCUGCUGCAGUUGCACUGGCACAACCAUGAUGCAGUGCUAGCAUAGACCCAUGAUGCUUCAGCAGUGAAUUGACCUUAAGAGUUCUGUCUUCAGCUGUUCCUGCUGUGCUGAUAAACUUCAGAACGUGAAGGCACAACUUGUGACAUUUCAGAAGUCUGAAAGGGGCCAAUGAAAGGAAAUGGUUUCCAGGGCUGAGGUGGCAGAAGAGGAGGCGAGGCUCUAAGGCCCAUUAGAGCUUCUUAUAAAAACAUCAGAAGAGCUUUCUGGAUCAGGACAAUGGCUCAUCUGGUCUAGUAUCCUGUUCUCACAGUGGCUGACCAGAUGCCUGCGGGAGACCAGCAAGCAGGAUUCGAUCACUCUCCCCUCCCGUGCUUUCCAACAACUGUCAUUCAGAAGCUUUGCUGCUUCCAGUUGUGGAGGCAGAGAAUAGCCAUCAUGGCUAGCCACCAUCAAUAGUCCUCUCCUCUGUGAAGUUGUCCAAUCUUGUCCUUCCUCACAAUGAGCAGAAGCAUUAUAAUAAUUUAUUAUUUAUACCCCGCCCAUCUGGCUGAGGUUUUUUUUUAAAAAAAGCUCAUGUACUUAUUCUGAGUAACUUAAAGAAGAGAACAGUCUCUUAAUGGUUGCAGGAUUUGAUCUAAUUUUGUGCCAAAUACUCAGUUAUUGGGGAGUUCUCCAUAUAAUUUGAGGGCUGUAGUUAUAGCUUCAUGACUGAAAGACAUGGAAAUGUAUGCUAUCCUAGACAGUAGGAACUACCAUAUUUUUCAGUCUAUAAGACGCCCCCAUGUAUAAAACGCCCCCUAUUUUUGGGGACUCAGGUUUAAGAAAAUAGGGGGAAAGGGAUCAGUGGAUAAGACGCCCCCUAAUUUUUGACAUUAUUUUUUAGGGGGAAAAACCUAGUCUUAUACAUGGAAAAAUACAGUAAUAUACAGGGGCUAAUGUCACAAUAUGACUAAAAUGAUUCCAGUAGAACCUAUGCACAUAGGAAUGUAGGAAGCUGUGUUAUACUGACUCGGCCAUUGGUCCAUCUAGUUCAGUACUGUCUGUAUUCAGUGAGUGACUCUCUCCAUGUUUUCAGAUAGGAGCUUUUCCUCCAGCUCUGCUUGCAGAUGUCAAGAGAUGCUCUACCACUGAGCUAUGGCCCUUCUCCUGGCACCCAACCCCCUCCCAACUGUUCACUUUUAUUUAAUGGUAUCCGGCUGAUAAGACUUGCUUUUUGCAGUAUGAAUGUGCUAUGCAUAAUGUAAUGAAUUACAAGCUUUUAAAUAUAGUUAUAUAGUUGAGAUACUCUAAACAUAAGCAGUUUCUGUGUGUGUGUUUUGAGGAGAGCUGCCAGCACUUAGCCUGUGGUCCACAGAAUUAUUAAAUGCAGUCUAUAAAGAGGGCAAUUCUGCUGUCUCUGUUUUAAAAAAAGCUUUAUUGCUCUAGAUAAGUGACUAUAUUUGUUAAUUUAACAAGCUCGGCUGUUUACUUGUGAAGAAAGCUGACUGGCCAUGUUGCAUGAUAAACAUUUUCCUCUGUAUUUUUAUUAUUACACAGAAUGUAGACAUUUCAAGACCUCCCGAGGAAGCCCUUGUAACUGUCCCUGCUCACCAGUGAAGCCCGUGUCCUGAUCAGCUAUGAAACGUGUGGUGCUUCUUUUCAUCAUAUUAUAUUAAAAUUAUUUCAAUCGUUCCAAUCACUUUGGAAUCAUCCACAGAUAAUAUCAGUUUUUGUGUAGCUCGUGGCUUUUAGAAAUCAAACAAUCAAAUCUUAUUGUCCCCUACCCCCUGGAUUGGAACUAAUUGGCUGAGCCAUCUGAUUACUGGCUUCUCUGAUAUAACGCUUGAUCAAUUGGUGAUUGCUAAUUUUAAACCUGAUGUUUUAUGUCCAUUACAGCUUGAUCAAACACUCAAACCCUGUUGGGAGAUAAUAUGGGGCAGUUGUCUAUUAAUGAGUAUUUUUAUUUUCUCUUGAGUGAUUGGAUUGUUUUACAUAGAGAAGCAUGUCUUUCUACAGUUAGUUCUGCAGCUAGUGAAUAGUAUCGGCAAUGUAGAUAGUCUGCUAAUUCAUAGAACCAUAGAAUUCUAUGACUGUUUAAUAGUAGCUUGUGGGAAAUAGUGUUCUUGCCCCUGUCUUUGUGGAAGAUGUAUUUCUGUGAUUUCAAAAAAAGGUCUGCAAAAUUUAUUAUGGGAUUAAUUGAUCAUUUAAAGUUUAAUUUGUACUUCUAAUUAUUUUGACAGCUGAUUUUUAAAAGCUAAUUUAAAAAUAUUGUUAGGUUUUUUAAAAAACAACAACUGCAGGUGGUGUUAAGACUCUUUUAAACACCCAUUAAAAAGAGGCCUUUCUCUUUUCGUUCACAUGAGAAGGAAUGCCUCUUCUAAGAGGUUGCCUGCUAUAACUAAACUAAACAUUUUAUAAGAAAAAAAGAAAUAUGCUUCUUGCUUCAGGAUUCUUUCAUUCUAUUCAGAUGCAAUUUCUGGAAAUGGCAUGAAUUUUAGUUAAUAGAUUCAAUCAGUCAACUAAGGUGUUUUUAAUAGGGUGGCAGCCCUAAUUUAUAAUUUAUAUGAAGAGGACUCAUAGUAGUAAUGUCUUAAUUUGUUUUCUUUAUAAAGUAGAAUCAUAGAAAUAUAUUUCUUCUACGGUUUGGCAAACGGAGGCAAACUGCUAUUGCUUACUCCCGUGAAGUUACUAGACAUUACUAAUACCAGGGUAAACAUGCAUUUGGAACACUUCUGGAUAGAACCACUGUCAAUAUGGAGUAAAGAAAUGGCACUUGUGGAAAGGAAUAAUACACAACUACUGCUUUCCCUGCUGCUUCUACAUUCUACGCUGUAGAUGGUGCAAAGUUGGGCUGCUGAGGGGUGUGGCCUGGGGAGAGAGGGUAUGUUGCUGAGGAGGAAGAGGAGGAGCCUGAGGAGAGUCCUGAGACCCAGACAGAGAAGCCCCCAGGCAUGAAGUUCCCAACCCCUGACAUAAAUUUACCUCCUUGGAGAUUCAAAAGCAGCUUCGGGGGGUGGGUCUGAGAAGAAAACAUUCUAGUGCACACAAUGGCAUUUGUGCCUCAAGAUGAUGCUCUAAAAUUCCAAAAGGAAAAAGGUGGAGCUUCCCCAUAUGUCGAGGUGGGCCAGUAAACUGCAAUACUUAAAAAAUAAAUACAGUGGUACCUCGGGUUAAGUACUUAAUUCGUUCCAGAGGUCCAUUCUUAACCUGAAACUGUUCUUAACCUGAAGCACCACUUUAGCUAAUGGGACCUCCCGCUGCCACCGCACCGCCGGAGCACGAUUUCUGUUCUCAUCCUGAGGUGAAGUUCUUAACCCGAGGUACUAUUUCUGGGUUAGCGGAGUCUGUAACCUGUAACCUGUAACCUGAAGCGUAAGGUACCACCGUAACCUGUAACCUGAAGCGUAAGGUACCACCGUAAAUCAUUUCAUACUUCCUGCCAGCCAAAUAAUUCCCAGGGUGAUUCACAAAACCAAACCAAAGCAGUGUAGCUACUGCUAACUUACAUACUCUAAAUUCUAAGCAUCUUGUAAACAAGUUUGGUAGGUGAGAAAAAGGGUUGUCCCUUGAAUCCUGCAAUGCCACAUAUAAACAAAACUAUUAUAGGGGCCAGAGAUGUUCCCAGGAACAGCCUCUCUCCCAGCAGAGGCACUUGCUUUGUUCAACUGAUUUUCACUAGACUUAACUUCAUGUUGGGGGUUGGGGCUGGAGAAUCAGCUUCGGUGGUGCUCAUGGUUACAUUGCUUAGAUCAGGAGUGGUCAACCCAUCAGCUAAGAGGAUGGCUUCUUAUUUGAAAAGUUUUUGGCAAUUUCUCUCCUCUCCCCGCGUCAGCAGAACAAACAAACCAAUGGCAUCAGCAUCACAGUGAAUAAACAAAAUGAAUUUGUGGGAAUUUUGAGUGGGGGAAGUGGGACUUUGAGGGAAAACAAUCAGCUAAAAGUAUAUAAAAGAAAAUACAAAUAGAAUGAAUUGGGGAAGGAAAGAAAUGGGUUGACUUUAGAUGGAAAGAUAAUAAAAGGGAUUAAUUUCCUUCUUUGGCCUUAGCCCACUUUACCGUGCUUCUCACAGCGUUGGGCAUGGGUCAGUGCAGCCCUUGGCUGGAAAAGGUUAGCCCCCUGGCUUGAAUCCAGGAGUUUUAGUUUUGUAAGAUCGAUAUCACAAUUAUGAUGAUGUCUCGUGGCAAAGUAAGGGAAAGGAGCACAUAUCCUUAUGAAUCUCUAGGUGGUCUUGCAUUUGAGAACUGAAACAAAAGAUCCUACAUAGUGGAUUUUUUGUUCUUCAGGACUGGUUAAGAUUUCUGUAUCUAUGUAUAUCUUGGAUUCCAUUAAGAUGUUUAACUGAUGUCAAUCUGAAAGGCCAGAUGCAAGACCUGUAACACCCUACAGUGCUUUGAUUAGGGAUCUCAUGUCUUUCCUGGAUAAUAGUCAAGGUCAGGCAUAGGCCUAUGUCUGGUCAAGGUAAUACAGGGAGGAGAGGAUCUGGAAGAUCAGGCUACGUAGUAUGAAACCCUAGCAGCAUACACAAACACACAAAAAAACACAAAUACCAAAUUUCACACAAAUUACAUAAAUAACCAUAGACACAUAAUUUUCUUGGCAAACAAUAAAACAUCUAUUGGUCUUAACACUAAAGACCCAACUUCCCGUCCAUUCCAUAUUUCAAAUUCAUAUUACUUAUUGCCAAUACACAUUUUUUUCAUAAUUAAACUUAUUCUCAAUAAAUCUAAUUUCUUCUAUCCCCCUAGCAACUAUUACUGAAGUUCCUUGAAUGCUCAAAUGCUGCAACAGAAUUUAAACUACUAUAUUUAUUUUUCAUAUAUUCUUUGAAAACCUCCCAUUUAGAAACAAAUUCCUGUUUUGAUUUAUUUAUGGAAAACGUAUUAGCAGCAAUUUUCUUAAAAGUUGCCAUGAACCAUGCAAACCUACACUGGAGCAGGUAUAAUCAUUAGGGUGCCUUGGGUAUGUGCCUUACACAUUUGUGUUUCGUACUUCCAUUGAAGAGUAGGAUGACUCAUUUCAUCCUGCAAAGAGAUGAGUUCACUGCUUCCAAAUCUGUUACCUGGAAAUCUCGCUUUUGGGGAGAUGUACCACUUCUGAUGGUGGAAAAAAGUUGGUUCAGGCUUUUAGAAUAAAAUGAUGGUGUGCUUGAUGGUAGGUAAAGAUCAUUGGGGCACUCAUUAGAGCUCCUUGGGUACAUGUCAAUCUGGCUCACUGACAGGACAAAAAGUUCAUAUUGUGCGGAAGAGUUGAGUACCGGAUGCAGUUGGACAGGACAAAGUUUGAAAACUCCAAUAGGAGUUUGAAAAUGUGUAAGGAAUGUUGGAAGCUGCUGCAUAUUAGAUCAGGCUCUUGGUCCAUGUAAGCCCAGUACUGCAGUAGCUCUCUAAGGUCACAGGCAGAGGUGUUUUGUAUUGCCCCCUAGCUGAGAUCUCAGGGAUUGAACUUGGGGUCUUCUGCAUACAAUGCAUGGGAUCUACCUUGUCCAAUAGCCCUGAUCUGAACACAACUAGAAAAAGAUUUGUACAUUUCAUUACACUGGUAAAACAAAGCCUAUGUAUAAAUGGCUUUUUUUGGCCUGAGCAAAAACUAUGUAGGGCGGUUUAAUUUGAUCUCAAGGAUCAGGUAGUAACUUGCAUCCAAUGGCUGCUGCUAGAAUGACUGUGGUCUAGGAUAGAAUGAGCUUCUAGGAUAGAGAUUUGCAAUAGGCAGCCUUUGAGUCCCUGAGGGGUAAUUUUUGGUUGUUCAGACAUUCUACUUGUGUGUAAAAACAACUUGCAAGUGGGGAGAAGUGCACUAAGCCUCACCCACUGUUUUCCUCAACACUUGAGUCACCAAGAUGUGGCUGGGCUACAACUCCCAUCAUCCCUGACCACUGGUCCUGCUAGCUAAGGUUGAUGGGAGUUGUAGUCCAACAUCUGGAAACCUAAGGUUGAGAAAGACUGAUCUAACUUGUAUAGCCUCUUGUAUCUGUGGAGGCUUCCUUAAGCAAUUUCAGACCUUUAUCUUCCUGGGUCCUUAAUCACACUGGAAGCCUCCAUGACUGUAGGAGGUUGUCUGCUUCAGAUGUUUAACAUCCCAACUUGUGGAGGGUGAUGGAGCCGGAGCUUAGCAAUUUGUCUCGGCUUGCUUGUUGUUUUCAUAUGUCACUGGAAUGCCUGAAGACUAGUAUGUUGAGUGUUCAAUGUGUCAUGACAUAUCUUAUCUGUGAUGAGAGGUGGUAGUAUCACAUAGCUUGUUGCCUAAUACAGUUACUGGUUUAAAGGGAAGGAAAAGUAUUGUGUAUAGGCAUUGUAGCUGGGUUCAAACUUGUGACUCUCAAGGAUCUCUCCCUCCUGGACUUGUGCAUGUGUCAUUGCUUUGACUGUGAUAAUGAAAACACUUCAUCUGGGUUGUUCAAUCAGCUAGCAGUAUGUGCUUAUGUUGGUAAUUCCCAGUGAACACUGGAAAAAACCAGACUUCUACCUAGGGCUACAUAAGGGGCCCAGAGGCCUAAGACCAAGCAUUGCAAAGUGCAGCUAAACUCACAUUGGGAUCUCUCUGAGUUUCUGAUAAGCUGGUGUUCAGAAGAAUGGAACUCUGAAGAGUGAUGCAUAUUGAGAAAUGUAUUCCGGAAUGAUGGAACUUGUUACAACGCAUGAAUAUAUAGAGGAACCAGAUAAGACAAAAAAAUUGUGAUUUUAUCCAACCCAACUCUGUGCAUAUUUUCUGGGAAGCGAGGCUUCACUGAUGUCGGUGGGUCUUAUGCUAAAGUAAAUGUGCAUAGGAUUACAGCCUUAAUUUCACCAUAUUUCCAUGAACUAGCAAAGGAAAGCCCAUAGGUAGUGAGAAGUGUUCAGGAAUUGGCCAAAGGGCAAGCAUUGCGUUUGAGUGAAGUAUAUAAAGCUUGCUGUCUUGUUCUCUUUUCAGAAUGUAUGCGUUAGCCGCUCUCGAGAAGAAGCUUUGAGGACUGUACCUAAUCAUUUGUAGCACCUUUGACCUCCCCUUGCCAGCACCGUCCCAAACUGCUGAAGCAGUGCUAAGGAAACCACUCAGGGACCUGAGAAUGAAGGCAGCCUUCAAGGAAGCCAAGCAACACAGAAAUGCAUGCACUCCUCCUCUUCUCGAAGACGGUGUUUCAACUGCCUGGGUCUGGCACAAGGCAAAGUUGGCAUUAAAGGUUGAAAUGGACCAAGUAUUUGUGGAACAGAGAAUGAAAUUGCUUUUAAAUUAAUAUAUGUUGUCUUUAUCCUGUUGUUCUUCGACUGUGGAUGUUAAAAGUAUGAAAUGCUGGUGUCUCUCUUAAUGCUGUAUCUUAGCUUUCUUCUGCAAUGCUUUCCUAAGCCUUUCUUGCUGUGAUUUCCUGUUUUAUUCCUAUAUUAUAUAUAAAAUCUUUACCAAUGUUUCUUCGAGGAUUCUUCCAACUAUUUAUUUUAGUAUACAACAAAAGGUACCACCAGUCUCUUUGUGAGAUAUAUUAAUCCACUUAAUAUAUCAAUUUUAGCAACAAGCAGUGUUGUCCACUCCAAGUCAUUGCUUUGCAGUGAAACAUUUUAUUUUCUUUCUUUUUUUUUGGUAGCUGCACUAAUUUCUAGGUAAUUUUACUAAAGGCUCCACUUGAUGCUUCACAUCAUUUAAUGGAAAGCCAGAAUAGGUAAUAUUUUCCCAGAUGCAUUCCAUCUAUCUUGUUGAAAUGUUCCAGAACUCCUGGGUUAUUAUUUGAAUACUGUGUGAAUAGUUUCCUUUCCACAUCAUGCAUACGGCAAACCUAUUUUGUCUGCUUAUUAAAAACUGCAUAUUUUACUUAACUGUUUUACCUGGUCCUCCCCCCCUUUUUACACCCCCUCAAACUCCAAACCCCAAGCAGAGAAGCCUAUGAAAAGGGAGGAUUUUUAAUUGACACUAAUGUAAACAUUGCUCCAAGUGGAGCAGAUAAUAAUAACAACAAUAAAACAAUUAGCAUGGUGCAUGGUGGUUACCAGAGGUGAAUGGCAAUAACAGUGCAGGGACGGUAUAAGACAAAUUACUAGAGAGACCAAAUUAUUAUGAAGCGCUCCGGAGUUAUUGGCAUUAAUGCAAGCUUGCUCUUACCUAUCUUCUUGAACCAAAGUCACAGAUGAAGUAUUACCUGUUUGGGGUUUUUAUUUUUAUUAUGUAUUGGUGAUAUUUAAGUUAAAAUGCAUUGGAUGGGUAAGAUGAAAGCGAUCCUUUAUUGCAUAUCUUCUACUUUAGUGAUGAGAACAGGAUUUGCACAUUCAUAAAUGGAAACAAUCUUCCAUCCCCCCCCCCCCAAAUGAGGACUCAGGAUUCUUUCUUUCCGUAAACCUUAAGCAGCCACAUCUUUGCCUCGGUGCAUUCCUUUAGUGGAGCUCAAGAGCAUAGUGAAGAAUAGGGCCCUCUAGGAUUUUCAAGUACAGUGGUGCCUCGCAAGACGAAAUUAAUCCGUUCCGCAAGAGUCUUCGUCUAGCGGUUUUUUCGUCUUGCGAAGCAAGCCCAUUGACGGAUUAGCGCUAUUAGCGCUAUCAGCUGUUUAGCGGCUAUUAAAGGCUUAAAGGCUUAGGGGAUUAGCUGCUAAAAGGCUAUUAAAGGCUAUUAAAGGCUUAGCAGAUUAGAUAAAGGGGAAAAGCGAAAAAAAUCUCUAGACUCGCAAGGUAUUUUCGUCUUGCGAAGCAAGCCCAUAGGGGAAUUCGUCCUGCGAAGCAACUUCAAAACGGAAAACCCUUUCGUCUAGCGGUUUUUCCGUCUUGCGAGGCAUUCGUCUUGCGGGGCACCACUGUAUUUAUAUGCAAAGAGGGAUACUAUGCUGUAAGUGUAAUUGGAUCAGUCCUGCUUUAGGGUCACAACCCAACAGGGAUAUGCUCCAGAUAUAUCCUGUUGCAAUGAAUGGGAGGCGUGUGAAAGAAAUUCCUGUUAGUGAUAAAACUUCAUGCAUGUUAGGCCAGUUGUGUUUGUUGUACUAAGCCAACAUAUAGUGUAAAUAAUCUGUCCAUGUGAUACAAAUCAGCAAGCAGCAGAUUAGGUGCCUGUUUGUUCUUGAACCGAAGAAAGCUUUGUCCUGUGUGAUUUGAAUGCUUUUUUGCCUUGCUGUCUGUGCUGGUACCUCAUCGAACCUUGCCAUGCUGUUAAUGUUAAGAGUUCUCUGCAAUGGACUAUGUAAGCUUUGCCAAGUGGGGACUCGUUUAUGUGGCUGGGUGCUAUAAUGUAACAUACUGCCGUGUUCUUAAUUUCUUUAAUAAGGUAGCUUAGCAAUAUAAUCAGCGUUCUGGAGAUAAGCCAUAAAGCCAACCUUAUUUCAGAAACAUAAAAAGGACUGUGUUAAACUAUCAAACACUUCAGAAGCGCUUUAGCUGUACUCCAUCCUUUAAGAUAAUAUGCCUUGACAUCAUAAUGUAUUUAUUCAGGUAGAUCACGACUUACUGGAGUAGAUGAAAAGGGAGAGCUCUGCUGUUGGCCCACAGUAUGGUGUCAGCUGGAGAAGGGGAUUUUGGGUAAUGGCUUAAAUCACAGAUGAAUCGUGUCAACAGCCUAGCCCUAACUUCUCUAGAUGUGAGCCACAAGUAAUUAUUAUUAUUAUUGGCUACUUAAUGGGCUUGAGUUCAUCCCUGAAAAGUUGAGGAUUCAUGAGCAGAAAAUUGUGCAGGUAUAACUUUGGAUUUUAAGUGGUAAAUGCGGUUCCUAUAGGAAAAUACUCUCCUCUAAGUUAGCUUAGCCUGCAAGCUAGCCUUCAUUGGCGGGUGUAGCAUUUUCUUCUAACCUUUUCUUAACCAGAAGUAUUUGCUUUCUCUCCCCCCCGCCCCAACCUUCAUAUUUCUCAACGUGCUGUAAAACUGUGGCUAAAUAUUUUAUGUAUAGUAGAUAUUUUUAUAGGCUACAUCUAAAUAUACUGUGAUAACAGUAGUUUCUAUUUACAAGAUUGUAUAACUGAAAAAAUCAUUGUGUGCAAGAAUAAAUUAUAAUUGUAUGUUGAUACUUGAAAAUGAAAAUACUUGGAAGCUCUGGAUUCUAAUUUAACUUAAGAUGUGAUCCUAAUUCCACAAUUUGGAAAUGAGCCCCUUUGAAAUGAGUUUGCUUGCUUCAAAGUGAAUGAGUUUAAAACGAAUAUGUUAGAUGGUUGGUGUGCCACCAGCUUCAUCUGGGUUUCUAGUGAUCAACUAAUCCAGAAGACCUCUUGUAUUUGUUGAUCCACAGGACUGCUUCAUCCUCUACUUUUGAAAGUGUGAAGAGGGUUUCUAAAAAUAUGGAUCUGACAGGUACAUUUAUCAGAGAGUUGCCAUUACUAGCCGUUUCCUUUUAAGUGUACACUUGAAUGAUAGCCGGUGGCUUUGCUUAUGUGAAAUUCCUCUCAGUAGGUACAAGAAAUGGAAAAGGUUAUGAAAACAUUUCCUUUUGUCAUAACAUGUAUCGUAGACCCAAAUGAUUUUGAAUGAGACUAAUUCGGAUGUGACUGUUAACUCACCUAGUUCUAAGGAUAUAUUUGGCCUUCAAUUUAAUCUUACAUGAGAUUUAUCCAGAGCUAAUAAACAUUGUUUUAAAUUGUGAGGGAUGCUAAUUGA